GGAAUGGUUUGUUUUGGUCACGUGACAGGAAGUGUGUGUUGGAAGUUCAGCGCUAGUAGGAAGUGUGUUUAUUUACGAUGCAGUGACACAAGUCUGAAGUCUUGACAUACGACAGCUACCCUGUGAUUCUGGGAGGAUUAAUUGUGUUUUCUAUGAAAACGAGAGCGGAUAGUUUUACCUCUGUCUCUGAAUUACCGCCAGCUGUCUAUUUUUUCGUUGUGAGCACUCAAACUGCGCAUGCUAGUGUUAGCUAAGUGGCUAGCCGAAGUGGAUCACAACCUUGUCCCGUCCGUCCCCUGAAGACCGCUUGGUGUCCAGGUGAAAGCUCUGCCACAAGUUCGUGGUGGUUUUUCGCUUAAUCUUAGCUUGGCUGACGUCUGGGAGUUAAUGUGGAAACACAGACUGACAGUCCUCUGUGUCCACUGUAUGUGAGGCAGACCCUCCCUGUGGUCCUGUCCUCGGUGCUUUGACGGGACCUGAGCUCCUACUGACUGAGGAUCCAGGGUGGCUGAGACCCACACACGAUAAAGAUGGGUCCAUAAGUCGAUGAAGAGCUACAACAGUCGUCUUUGGCGGUGAGUUAAGUUAUAAGGAAAGGUACAGCAACAGGACUGUGAGUUAAAGUAACACCAACUCCCAAGUUUAUAGCUGUAGUUAAGUUGUGGUGUUGUAGUGGUUUAGCUGUGUUUUAGUAGUGGUUUAGCCUUUUUCCCGACAGUAAACUUCCAGUAUGUAUCUGAUAGUCACUGUCACUCUGCCAAAGUCUGAUUGGUAAUGCAGACUAAGCUGUCGUGGGCGUCUGUAGUAGAGUAGAAGAGGGACUGGGCCCCAGGAAGGAGGUUGUUUUUCUAAGGCAGAACUCAAAGCACGGGUGGGCUAAUCAUUAUCAUGGGUGGCCGCUAUUCUGCAUUUGGCCCAUUAUCUGUAUCUACAUACUAUUUCACUGACCCCUGUUAAUAUCAAUGAAAUCAAUUUAAAGUGAGCCACUUUGGCUCCCCCGCAGGUAAGUCUAUUUUCACUCACCACCCAGUCUCACCUGAUGCCCUGCCAACAGCUUCAGCUAAUUUACUAAGGUGAAAGAUCUGAGCUCUAGUACUACAGGUUAAUGCAUUAAUUAACCGUAAAGGUGUACAGUGUAAGGGUUAAAAACUCAUCUGUGUAGCUAUUGUGUUUUUGAAAAUAUCUGAGUCUCUUUAGAUGUCCUGUCAAAUUAUGGCCAAAAUGUCACUCAAGAGCAAACUAAGAGCUCAGGGUGUGACUUAAUCUAAUCGAGGUGUUUGUUAUAAGCCAGUGGUUCUCAAGUCCAGUCCUCGAGGCCCACUGUACUGCAUGUUUUGGAUGUUUUCCUGCUCCAACACACCUGAUUCAAAUGAUUAACUCGUUAUUAAGCCAUUACAGAGCUUGAUAACGAGCUGAUCAUUUGAAUCAGGUGUGUUGGAGCAGGGAAACAUCCAAAACAUGCAGGACACUGGGCCUCGAGGACUGGACUUGAGAACCACUGUUAUAAGCUAUUCAUUAAUGACAGUCAAAUGUAUCAAUCAAGAAUCUAACUAAUAGAAAUUAUGCUUCAAUUGUAAAAGAUGUCCUCAAGACGAUAAUAUAAGAUAAAUAAACCUUUACUCAUCCCAUGGUGGGGAAAUUUCAUUUCCAGCAGGAUGUACUAGUCUUGAGGAUUAAAGUGCAUUGACUUGUUGGCCUUUAUUUCUAGAUGACAUGUGAAGUCAUACACUGCACUGUACGUUUUUAUCAGCUUCUUUGGCUGCCGAUCCUGAUCCUCAUCCAUAUUUUGUAUCCGCUGAUAUCAAGUUCUGAUCCUGUACUUGUAUUUGCCAAGAUAAUAGAAGAGCACAGUUUAACACAAACAUAACUAAAGUAAACAAAUCAACUACAGAGUGUCUUUAGCUCUUUAACUGAAUCCAACCAGCAUUGUUGUAAAACUCACACUUAAAAUCAAAAUGUGACUCAGGGGGCUGUAAUAGUUUAGCUUUGAUACUAAAAACUACAUCCUCUUAAGUGAUGAAUUCAACCUUUUUAUCUUGCUGACUUCUACCAGGAUAUUUAUCCAUCUUUUUGAAGCCCAGAGUUUGUUGCAUGUGCAUUAGGAGUAAUGUGAAAUAAUAUUCUGUGUGCCUUUUUUCAAAUAUGCGGAAUUCAUUGACUUACUAUCCAUUUCUCAAACCCCAAUUUGUACUGAAUGUAUAGUAGCUUAAAUCUUUGUUGAAGAGAACUAACACGUAUGUCUUUUGUUUAUCAGACAUUGAACACAGCUCUUCGGAGGCCUGAUUUCUGUGGAGUAGCUCUGAUCAUCACUGAGCUAGCAGGAUGUUGGAGGGCCUGGUUGCCUGGGUGCUGAACACAUACCUGGGAAAAUAUGUUAGCAACCUGAACACAGAUCAGCUCUCCAUCGCCCUUCUGAAAGGUAAUUUCACAUGUAGUUGUUACUGAUGAGUCUGCCAAGCAUGCUGCAGAAGUCCAUAUCCUCUGCAUGAAAAUGAUCUUGCACGCACUCAAUCCUCGGGUUUAUAAAUCUAUCAAAGUGAAGAUUGUUCUUCCUUUAUUGCUGGCAGAUGUUAAGUCAAUGAAAAGCCAUGAAGCUAAGGCCAGUUUGAAAAAUGUAACCUGUAUGAUAUGAAAGUGAGUGAUGUCUAUGUGAAAAGGCAUUUUAAGUUGAUGGAGAAUCUUUUUUAAAUAUUGCAUUUCAAAACUUGCACAAUGUCAGAAAUAGUCUCCACAGAUGCUGUUUACUUUUUCAAGAGCUUAACCAGUUAAACAAGAGUGCUGCUUUGUAAACUUUGUCCAGUUUGACAUCUGUGCUAAUUACCACUAAGAAUUGACAUGUGACAUCGAGACGGUUCAAGUUAACUUUGUUUUUAUUACACAUUUCAAAUGACAGUGUGCCUCUGAAAGCUUUAGAGUCGGCAUGGCUUAAAAAUCCCUCUCUACCUAGUCCCUCAGCAUUCCUUAACAAUUCCCCUCAAAAGCCUUUUCAAAGGGAAACAAUUGAAAAUCUGUAGAAUGUCAACACCUAGUGACAAACUUCACUGAAGUUGGACACACCCUGAAAACAUCAGUGUCCUCAGCAGGUUUGGUUCAGACACAAGCAAAAGUGAUGAUGUGAUGAUGAAAACUGGAGAAAAUGUAAGGGGGUCUACUUUGGUCUGGUUUAUCCAGGUCGAUGGAUCAGACAAUAACAAACAUUUUAAACUCAUUUUAACGUAUGAAAUUGACAAAUAAUGUUCUUUUACAAAGUCAUGAAGACAUGUUCAUGUGUUACCUGUCAUUUCUCAGGUGCGGUUGAGCUGGAGAAUCUGCCUUUAAGGAAAGAUGCCCUCAGAGAGUUCGACCUGCCGUUCGAAGUCAAAACAGGUGAGACUUAUUCAAGUGUAACCUCACAAAGAUGAAUCAAAAUUGACUUAGAAAUAAGUUGAAACUAAGUAGAGUGUUUGACUUCUCCUAAAGUCUUCACAUAGAAAAUGUACAUUUCUGGACUCCUCUUGUUUUUGAUUUGAACAAAUAUUUUCUCUGACUGUGCUGGACCUGUGGGCUUUAGAUUACAUCAUUAGGAUCCCACUUUAUCUGUGGUGUGAUAACAUCCCACUGAUUACAGACAUUAAUAGACAGUCAGUGCAUGUGCAUGCAGGAAAGGUCAAUAUUUUAAUCAUCUAGCUAGUUAGUGGCACAGGUAGUAUUUUUUGCACAUAAAUUACUUUUUUUUUUUAAAUCUUAUUUUAAACUGUGAGCAGUGUGAAGAUAACUGAAGGAGUAUGUGUGCAAUAUAUUGACUUUUAAUUACUCUUUAUUUCUUGAGUGGUAUUCCAGCAAAACUCGUACUUUGAAAUUAGAAUAUUUCAUUCAAAAAGUCCAUGAAGAUUAAAACAUUUGAAUCACAAAUCCUCCAGAUGACAGACAGAAGAAGGACAAACUAACCCUCUCAGCGUUUAUUAGCUCUUAUUUCUCCAAAGGUCUUGAGCUUGAGUGCUCUUUGUCACGGUCUCUGAACUCCUUUGAGCCUGUCAGAGCUUCCUGUCCAUCACAAAUCAAAUCAGGAUUUUCCCGUCUGGUGACGUGUGCUCUAAUGUAAUUAUGUAGGAGCAGCAUUCUUCAUGCAUGCCUGCACACUCACUGCUGGAGUGAAAAAGUCUGAGGGAGGCCUCAAGGACACAUGAGAGGGGAAGGUCAAAGGCUGAAGUCUGUAAAGGAAAUAAAAGGACCUUGAUUUGUUAUUUUGUAUUACUUAAGUCAAUUUAUCAUGGCUGUUAUUUAAUUAGGUAAAUUGUGUAUUAAUUAUUAUAUUAUUGCAUGCGUUAUCCUUUGUGUCUGUCCUUCAAGCUGCUAGUAGUGUUUUGUUUUUUAAUUGGGGCUAAUUUGCUGUGAAGCAACUUUAUAACGAGCUUAAACAUACAGAGCAGAAACCCCAUCACCAUAUGACUUUCUUCUGACCUACUUACACUAAGUAUGUUUUAGCAAAGGGCCCUCAUUUGUGCUUUUUGACCACAAAAACUGCACUGGAAACUUAAGUUAGAAGAUUAGGACUCAGGGAGGGCUGGAUGCCCCAUAUCAUAUGCUUUCAUUUUAAGGGUUGCUUUCAAAGACCUGUGGGUGAAUUUGGAUAAUAUCCUGUCAGUAUAGUUUGACAACAUGCAGCUGUUUUAACUGGCAAAGCAGUUUUACUUGUAAUGAGUUGACUGUAAAUGUAUGAAAAUGAUGCCCCUAUUACAAAAGGACCUUUAUUAUUAUGGCAACCAUAUUCAGCAGUGUCUCUGGCAGCAAAUAAAAGGAGCAGGUUUGAACACAAACAGUAUGACAGGUGAAUGCUCAAUGAUCACUCUAAAUGUCAAUACAACACUGGGAUAAUCCGGAAUGAGAUUAUCCGGUCUGACCUGGAGUGGCCCGAGUUUUCUUUUUUGUGUAAUCCGUGCACUCUGUUGUCUUCGCAGGCUUCAUUGGAAAGAUUACUCUGCAGAUCCCUUUCUACCGGCCUCACAGUGACCCAUGGGUCAUCUCCAUGUCCCAGCUCAACCUGAUCAUCGGCCCCGCCCAGCUGCAGGAGUACGAUGGAGAGAAGGAGAAGGAGGAAGAGAGGGAGCGCAAACAGCGCCUCCUGAAGGCUCUCGAAGAUAAAUUCAAAGUAGGUGGAUUAAAAGUUUAGAAAAUAAGCUCUGAUGUAGGCUCCUGGGCUAUAAUGAACAUCACACCCUCCUAGGAAUAGUAGAUUAGCUUAAGAUUUAAGGCUGAAAACCACAGGAUGCCUGUUGGGAGCAUUCCGUCAGCGUCUCAUGCUACACAGCAAAUACGUUCCCAUUCUAAUCAAUGCAGCACACAGGAUGCAUCACAGCGCAUCUCAGCCCUGUCCCAAAAGUGUCUAUGCGCUGCUCCACUAAAGAUACGUGCCAGGUCUAUUUGUGACAGAGCACGAGCCCAGCACGUUUCAAACUUAACAGAGGAGAUUGUCUUAGAUGUCGCGCUGGGGUAAGGCGCAUGUCAUCCAGUAAAUUCCAAAAUAAAACACCUACUGAGGGUUUCCACUAUUACCCAGUUCAUGCAGAUGAGAAAUACUUCCUGGUUAUGGAUUUAUCAGUAACACAGAACAGUCCCGUGGCCUACCCCUGAUCCAUGUGGACCACAACAGGACUUUCAGCUGCUAACCCUCUCUGAAGGUAACAACACAACAAAAUGGAAGAUAGUUUACGUUAUUAAACACGAGUAAACCUGCAAAAACCGAAACUUUAAUAUCAUGUUGCUUGUUCACAUACAGUAGAAGCUCAACAGUCACAGAAUUGUAUCCACAGAAAAAGCAAAGCAACCUGUUGUGAGCAUGUUGUUUUCUAAGUCCAGCUGACCGGGGCUGCACUACGCUGUUCCUACGCUCCAAACACACUUACAGUGGGCAUUGACAUAGGCUGCCCGACGGAGCCCGGACAUGACUGUGACAGAACACGCCCAAUAGGAUCCUGUGGGUUUUCAGCUUUAUUGUCAAGUGCAGCAGAACAGAAUAUUCUGUUGCACAUUUGCUAUAUUUAAUUUUUCCGCUCAUCUCAAUUUAGUCAGAUUUAUGUUACGAUUGGAAUCUUUUAUACAAAAAGUGGUGCAUCAGUCUUUGUUGCAGGAAGGGUUUACAUGUUUUUUCUUGUUUUAUUUUAGAUUUGCAUAUUGGAGCAUACCCUAAAACCAGAGCUUAAAUCCCAAUGACUGAUUCACUGGUACUUUUUUGUAUAGUAUAGGUUGUGGGUUUAAGAUUCAAAUCCACCAAAGACAGUUGGCCCAGUCUGUGAAUUCAAUAGUAAAAUCUUUCAAUGUGACACUUGUGUAGUUGCUGUUGCUGAAAAGCUUAUUAUUGCAUGUGUUUGCGGCAUUGAUGUGGUAGUCUGUUUUAACUCCUGCAGAGUGAGUGUGAGCAGAGAGGAGAGUCUUACUGGUACUCUGUCACUGCCUCAGUGGUCACCAGGAUUGUGGAAAAUAUUGAGGUAAGCCUGGGACUGGAACAUAAACUAUGUACGAGCGAAAACAGUCUGCAGCCUGUUCUUUGUUCAAUGUCUCUGGAAUCAUCCACUGAGUUUGUAUCAUUAAAAGUAAACCAAGUUUAUAUAUCAGUUCUAGCCGAACUCAGAACAAUUUAAUGAAAUCAUCCAGUCAGCACUUCUCUAGAAAGAUAUAACAGAACCAGAACAUUACAAGGAGGAUUUAUUGCCAUUUAUUAAAAUUCUCUCUUUAUUAGUCUGUAGAUCUUUUCCUUAAGUAUGCAGUUAGUUACUGCAGGUUGGUCCUUGUUGUUUGACGUGAAAUUUAUGACAGAAACUAAAUUAUUUUUUUGACCUUUGUGUAGCUAAAGAUCCAAGAUGUGCAUCUAAGAUUUGAGGAUGACUUCUCCAAUCCAGACAAACCUUUUUCCUUUGGGGUUUGCAUCAACAAUGUUGCAGCUCAGAAUCCCUCCAAAGAGUCGGUAAGUGCCACACAAAGUGAGUUUAAGCUUAGAAUAUGAAAUAAGUCUUCAUUCCUUUCAUUGAGGCUUUUAAAUGUUCAAGUAUUCGUAUUAUUCAUGCUCUUCUUAUUUGUCUCUAUUCUUAUUCUGAUGCAUCAGUAGUUUUCUUUUAGAUUUGAUUGUCGUAUUUAUGAAUCUCUUUAAUCUAACCAUUUCAGAAGAUUAUAGAUAUAUAUAUAUUUUUUCUCACAGGUUCAGAGGCUCCUCAGACAGAAGCAGCUGGAGAUCGAGGACUUUAGUGUUUACUGGGACACCGAGUGCGAAAUGCUUGGAAAGCUGCCCGCGAAUCAGAUCCAGGUCAGUGACCUUUAACAGUCAAGAGGCAGCUCUCCGUGCAGUAUCAGAGCUUAGGACUGGAUUCACUCUAUGUUUCCAAUUAAGCUUUUGUUCCUGACAAUGUUUGUCCCAAAUUAUGACCAAGCAAAUUGGACCAUAUAAAGACCAGAGCAACACAACUUGACAUGCAACAGUGAGGGACAGGGAUUUUUUUGUUUGUUCUAAGGGUGGGAUGUCAUUACAGGAGUACUAAAGCUUUUUUUACCAGGACCUUCUUAUCUGGCACAUUUUAACUUCAGACCUUUACAUGACAAGACUUUGCUCCCUAUAAUGAAUAAAUAUUUGUUUUGAGAGAAAUCUGUUAUAGAUUUUCUCAGUUUGUUACACGUGGAUUGAUUCACAGUCACCGUAGGUUGCUAAACCCUUCCUCAAUGAACCCUGUUUUCUUUAUCUUUUUAAAGGAAACACAUUAACCAGCUGGACUUCAAUACAGUCAUUAUGAGGAAUUAUUUGGUCUGAGUGCGCCAUAACAAAAUAAAUGAAUUAUGAAUCAUGAAAAAGUAUCUGCCUUGUUCAGCACUUGAACUUAAAGACAUGCAAAGCCUUCAAGUUAGAGUCUCCCCACAUUAAUGGCAUGUAAUGAUGCAGAAUCAAAUUAGCUGCACGUGCACUGUUGAGACUUUCUCUCCUCUGGCUUUGAAAUUUAGUCUCAGAAGUUUUGCUUUUUAUUCUCACAGGAGGCAAUGACCCGAUGCAUGCAGAGCCGAGAGCAUCAGUACAUCUUUGAACCCGUGUGUGCGUCGGUGCUGCUCAGAAGAAACACCUCCAAGGAGCCUCUGAGAUCCAGAAACACGCCCCGGAUUGAGGGCCAAGUGCAGCUGGAGCCCAUGUCCUUACGCCUGUCACAGGUGUGUAUGAACACCCGAGGCUGAGUGCAGCAGCUGGGUGUAAAAGAAGUUUGUCUUUUUCUGACUCACUGACUUUAUGACUCAUUUCUUCACCCAAAGUUAACACAGAGUGCACCAAGUGUGACUGACAACAGUUGAUGCUGCGGCUUGUAACAGCAUUCAGAAAUACGCAGUAAUACAUCAAACAUGCUCUCUGGUUACAGAGUAAAGCACAGUAAAGAGUAUAAUUGUAGAUUGCACUGACAAAAGGACAUGAAAUAUACUUUCUGUGAUUAGAUUACUGCAGGAUGAGAAAAGGGGAAGCAUGGGUUUACAAUGUGUGUAUGUUAUUUCAGCAAUUUUAACCUGCAACUGUUUUAUUUCUUACAAAUACUGAUAUUAUACUAUGAUGCAGACAUUUCAGUGAGUGUGUGUGUUUGUUGUGUCUUAGAUCCAGUACCAGCAGAUCAUGGCGUUCUUGAAAGAGCUGGACCGACGGGAGAGAGAGAUGCUUUACAGAAAGUGGAGGCCAAAAGACCCCAUUUCUGGAAAGUAAGUCCAUACAAGAAAAGACUCAGAGCACAACUGCAGGCUGACUUUUCAAAGACUGAAACCAAACAGGAGCCAAAAAGACUGAAACUGAGUUCAAGAAACAAUCUGAUUUUUCAUAUUGACUAAGUUCUCCUCAGCUUCAGGACCUUGUCACAUUGCAUUUCUGAACUUUCUGUUAGUUUGUGUAAUAAAGCUUUUAAUCCUUGAAUCAGAUUGUAAAGUGUGUCACAUUGUGUUUUGCCGCAGCUGCCGACAGUGGUGGAUGUUUGCCAUCGAGGCAAACCUGAGUGAAAUCCGGGAGCAGCGGCGGCGAGGCAGCUGGGACUUUGCCCUGAAGCGAGCACGAGACGCUCAGACGUACACCAGCCUGUACUUCAGGAGGCUCAAAGGAGUCCCACUGAGUCCUCAGGAGGAGGUAGUGCACUCAAUAAAACAUUUAUGUAAAUACAUCGCUCCUGCACUCAGACUUAAUAAUUUAUCACAAAUGUGUUGUCUGAUUUAUGAAACAACUUUAACAGCCAAAUAUUGAUCUCACUUUGCCCCCGAUGUUGAUUUUUAUUCCACAACUCCAAUUCCAAGAAACGCUGUGUAAAAUGUUAAGGCAACAAAGGUUGAUGGUUUAAAUGUUAUUUAAACUCUGCAUUUAAUUGAAACUCGUGCAAAUACAACAUGUCAAAAAAAUGCCAAAAUACAAAAAAAAAAUUAGGACUAGGUCAUGUUUACCAGCUUUUCUUUCCCAACACUCUACAAACAUUAGUGAACCCAGGUGACCAGUUUCUGGAGUUAGGAAAGUGAAAUGUUGUCCCGUUUUUACCUGAUGUAGGAUUUCAGCUCCUCAACAGUUCAUGGUUAUAUCUUUAUCAUUAACAUACAUCUUGAUAAGACAGCACAGCACUUCAUCUGUCCUCUUAGCACUGUUUUCACUGCAGUUUGGGGUUGUUAGGAUUUUCAAAUUACCUGUUAAUUUUAAAGUUGUGUCUUCAUGUUGAAUGUUUCUUAAAAGGAAGGCUGAUCAACAAGGCUGUGAGAGUUUUAUUGGCACCUCAUUUUAUUAAACAGAUUGCUUUGCUUUGUUCCUCCAUAUGUGUGAUACAUAUUGACAGUCGACUGAAUUGUGUGCAAAGAUUGAAUCGGCAAAAAUGAGUGAAAGAUAGCAAGAAAUGGACCAUCUGCAUAUACAAAGAUGUGUAGAGAUUGAUUUUCUGUCGCUACAGUUUAACAGGUUAAUAUUUUGUUUUUCUUUUCCAGCUUUAUUUACUUUAUAUGACUUUAUAUACCUAAAAAAGGAGUCAGACGCUCAGCUGCAUCUUUGCUUUUGAGAAGAUGCAGAUCAGGAUCAGAUGCAGAGAUGCAGAUCACUGAACUGAUGUUUGUAUUUUUCCUUGUUGCGUAGUGCGAGCUGGAGCGUGUGGAAGAGGAGCAGACGUUAGAGGAGCUGCAGAGUCUCCGAGAAAUUGUCCACGACUGGUUUCGAAAGCAGGAAGAGAUUGCAGAGGUAACCCCGUAGUGUCUGUGCGAGAAGACAAAUGCUUCUCAUGGAUCUUCUUGAUGUUGCUUCUUGAAAGAUUCACUUCUCUCUGUUUUCUUUAGAAUGUACGAGAGCCAAGCACUGAAGUCCAGCCUACUUCACCACCUGCAGCUAUCCCCAAAAGUGGAAGCUCAGGGAUGAUCCAGUACCUGCAGUCCUGGUUUCCGGGCUGGGGAGGCUGGUAUGGAGAGUCUCAAGACCCAGACAGGCCUGAAGAGCUUCUGCCAAGUCCAUCCUCCUGGGAUAUUCUGGGUAUGAAAGUCUCCUCUGUGUUAAGCAUCUGUAUCUAACCUGUUGUACGGCUUCCAACAAGGUGACUUAGAGUUUUUUGUAAUUAUUCAUUCUGUUGCAUAAGGUACUACUAAAAAAAAAAUCUGAGGUGAAUUUAUUGAAGACCCCAGAUCACCUAGCACAUUCUGACUGCUGACUCUUAUUGUUUUCGUGCUUCUCCAGCAGAGACAGAGGACUUGUUCGAUCCCCUGGAGGACUCUCACACUCUGAACACCUUCACCAGACGGGAUCACCUGUUCGCUCGGCUCGAGUUCUUACUGGAGAAAGGCGGAGUCACCUUAUUCCACCAGGACAGGAGGGAAGGCACGCUGCAUGAGAGCGGGGUCAUCCAGCUUGAAUUCUCAGGUGUGCUGACUGAAACAUGAUUUGUUGUUGGCUUUAGUCAAGAGUACAGACUUUUUUAGAAUAAUAUAGCUGAUUGUAAGCAAGUUUUAUUAACCUGGGACCUGUCGAAGUGCUGUGAAAUUUAGUCAGAUAUCUAUACCUGAAGCAGGGUGUAUCCAUCCUCAUUUUCCAAGAGGUAUGCACUUGUCAAAUGUUUAAAUCAGUUCAAAUGUUUUCAUGCUGGUCCAGUUCUAAAAGUUUGUGUGAAGUUUGUAUAAAGUCUGGAUAAAGCAGGUGAGCAAAUGGGCGGGGGAUAUAGUGUUUCACAGUGAGAGUAGAGUUUCUUAGCUUUAUACCAUUUACUGAGCUAUUUAUAUCACAGUUUCUACUGUUGUGUUUGUGUUUCAGAAAUUAAGUAUUAAAGUAUUACUAACAAGGAAACAUUCACUGUUGCUGGUACUCAUCCUCCUGCUGUCCUUACUUAAACCAAAUUAAAGAUUUUAGUUGUGGGAGUGCACCCUGCCCAUUAAAGAGUGAAAGGUCACAUCCUGACUUGAACUGUUAACAGAGCAAGACAUUUUCAACCCCUAGUUAUAAGUUUUUCCAGAUAUAGAAGAACAUCAAGCAUUUAUUAUGGGAUUAAACAUUUGUGCCAUUUAUUUCCAAAUAACCUCAGUCAUGCAGUAAAUUUUGAAAACCAGGACUAAUGCAGUUAAAGAGAUUUAACAGUGGAAACAGAAAUAAAAGCGGGUGUACUCUUGUUGACUCCUCUCCCAGCUUGUGAACUGUAGUUUGAUUUAACUCACUGUGACCUCGUCUCCACAGGGGUGAAGGUGAUUUUAGAGUCCCUCCCACGCUCAGAGUCCUCCCUGCUGUCUGUCAAGCUCGGAGGUUUGUUCCUGAGAGACCUGACGACUCAGGGCACCAUCUUCCCUGUGCUGGUGUCUCCAAAAACGGUAAACAAAGAGUUCUUUUGGGCGCAGGAAGUUUAAAGCGUGAAUGAUCUCUCUUUACAUCAUUUGCAGUGUAUCAUCUCCAUCUUCUCAUGCUUUCCUUGCAGGACAAACUUGUAGUAACUAUAAACCAGCAAUCAAGCCAGUCCAGCAAUACUUCUGGUAAGAGCUUUGAUUUAAUGGGAAUUGAUUGAAUAAUAUUUUGUCAUUAAAUCUUAAUUUGUACUUCCUGCCAGCUUGUGUUGCUGUUACAGCCUUUGAAACUUCCUGUCUGCUGAUGUAUGAGUGAACUGCUGCAGUUUCAAAACUCACUACAUGUGCAGUGAAUAAGCAAAACAAAAUGCUGAUGAUGAGGGGACGACUUUUAGACACAGGAUCUUUGAUUGAAAUUAAUGCUCUCUAUUAGGGGCAGUUGUUGUCAAUAGUAAGUUAAGUCCAUCUAUAUUGUGUGAUGUGAUGAAUGAGUCGGCCUCUGGGGACAUUUAGUAAAUAUCUCCAGACAGAGUGGGUGUGAGAAGCAGUUACAGUAUCCCCUAAAAUCAGUCUUUUAAUCAGAGAAUGUUUGUUUAUUUAUUUGUUUUUUUGUAUUGGUUCAACGUAGAGUGCUCCUCGCCACCAGUGUUUGAGAUGAUUUAUGAGCGUAACCCUGUGAGGUGCAAGUUUGAAAGACGUCUGGAAGUGAACACAAGUCCCCUGAACAUCAUCUACAAUCCACAAGCAAUCAAGAAAGUGACUGAGUUCUUCUACAAAGGCAGAGUUCAUACCUCAGGUGAUUACAGAAACUUCACAGUCUAGUUUUUCUGUUUACACUUCUCAGGGUUGAAUUGUCACUCUGAUUGCAUCAAUACAUGUAUAUGUCAAAUGUCUUGAGCUUUGGCUGCUGAAAACCAUGCACUGAAAGCUUAUAUUGUUUCACUGCCAUGUGAAAAGUCAUAUUAAUACUGAACCAAACACAGUGAUGGCACUCACCCCACAACAACAGGAGAGAGAGAGAACAUACAGAUUAGGAUGAUGCCAUCAUCCAGACUCACAAGUCACAAUAUACUCUCCUCAUUUGUUUUUCAUUCCACAUAGUACUUACAUAAUAUUUCAUCUACUUCUAGUUCUUUCAAAUGGAAGCAGAUAAAUGCGUUUUAAACACAUUACGAGAUUGUGCACAACUGUGAAAACAACAAACUUGAACUGUCUCUGUUAAAGAAGAUCAUAUCUACCUCUCACAGCAGCACAUACGUGUAUUUAUAGUAUAAUAUCUCCCCACUAUCUCUAUUUUUGCUGAUCUCAACUUUGUUCAAAUUUUUUAAUGCACACUGAUCCUAAUGGCUGAAUUAUUGUAAACUCAGAACUCUUUAUGAAAGCCUAACCAAGGACUGGGGGGUAAAAUAUUAGUCAUGACUAGAAACCUUUAUGCUUGGCAUCUACUUUGUAUACACUAAAAAACAAUAUCUUGUGUAUUUGUGUCAAAGAAACAAGUAAAUGAAUACCUUUUUUUGUACAUCCAGGAUUUGGCUAUCAGUCAGAGCUGGAGCUGAGAGUAGCAGAAGCUGCCAGGAGGCAGUAUAACAAGCUGAAGAUGCAGACCAAGGCAGAGAUCCGACAAACCAUUGAUCAGCUACUCGUGGGAGAGUUUAUUGUAAGAAAAGUUUAUUUGAUCGUCACAUUAAAUGAAUAGCAGUUGAGUGAUAUCCAUAUUUGAACUGAUGGUUUUUGCUUUGCAGGAAAACAGUAAGCGUUGGACGAUGAAACUGGACAUAUGUGCUCCUCAGGUGAUUUUCCCUGAUGACUUCCAGUCCGGGGACCCGAUGCUUGUGGUUGUUGAUUUGGGCAGAAUUCUGCUCACAAAUUCUCAAGGUAAAACUGUCAACCUUUUUUCUUAAAAAUAACACAUCCAGUUAUUGUUAGUAUUUUGAGUAAAGUUUCUAACUGGUGCCUCCUGUAAUUUAUUCUCUUCAAAGAUGAUGCCAAAGUUAACUCAAAAGCUUCUCAACCUGAAAGGGAAGACAUGAGUGAUGAUGAAUUCCAGACGCCUCUCGCCACCCCGCCAGAGUCUCCUCCACCUGAGCUCGACCUGCCUCAAAAAGAACAGCUGAAGAACCCUGAACUCCCCAGCCUCAGAUCUCCUGAAAGCAUACAGGCCUACAGCAGAAAGCUUUACGAAAAGUACUCUUUGUCUUUUAAGGACCUGCAGAUAAUGGUUGGACGCUUUAAGGACAACUGGAAACACCUUCAAGAGAGUGAGGUAGGACCUACUCACGUGGUGGAGAAGUUUAAUGUGCUGCUGCAACUGGAGCAGAGACUGCGCUACACGUCGGACCCUCAGCUACCCGGAGCGGUGCUUUCAGGGACUCUGCCAGACCUUAAGGUGCAUAUCAACCUUGAAAAGAUGACCGCCCUUCGAAGUUGUUUAGCAAGACUAAGCAGCCCGUCUGCAAGUGAGGACGACAAGAGUCAAGGGGGAGGUUCAAGUAUGAGGUCUCCUGACCCUCUUACUCUCCGCCAUGAUAAGAUCUUCCAGAGGGAAGACAGCUCCUGGAAGCUGCAGGGUUCAGCGAAGAACCUGACUCAGAGCGUGAUGACCUUGGAGCAGCACACGCGGGAAGUUCUGGUGGAAUCACGCCUGCUGCUGGCUGAAUUCAACAUCAACUACAUGCAGCUUGGUGUAGAAAGUGAUGGCCGCUACAUAUCUGUCCUAAAAGUGUUUGGCACAAAUGCUCAUUUUGUCAAGCGGCCAUAUGACGCUGAAGUCUCUCUGACUGUGCACGGUCUUCUUCUGGUUGACACCUUGCAGACUUAUGGCUCAGACUUUGACCUGCUUGUUGCUUCUCAUAAACACCUGAGCUUUGACAUCCCCACAGGCAGUCUCAGAGAGAGUCAGCCUUCAUCCCCAGUGUCGUCUGAUGGCAGGUCUCCCCAGCAUCAAGGUCACUGUCCUGAGUCGUCCUUUGGUAUGGACAGACUGUCCCCCUUUAGCUCUUUUCUCAAAGACCAGGAGGCCCUGAUAAAGCUGGAGUACCAGUUUGUCAGCUCAGACUGCCCCUCCAUGAACCUGGACAGCUCCCUCCAGGUGACAACCAUGCAAGUCAACAACCUGGACAUCAUCCUGAACCCUGAGACCAUGGUGGAGCUGCUCAAGUUUCUCCAGAAAUCUUUCCCCAAAGAAGAAAGCACCUCAACAUCUUCACAACAACAAUCAGCCCAGCCUAACCAAGAAGAGGGGGAGGAGACGUAUCAGGCUACAUACGACCAGAACAAAGAGCUGACAGUGGAGAUUCACCGCCUCAACCUGCUCCUGCUUCGAACUGUGUCCACUGGCACUGUCCUGGGGGCCGAGAAGAAAGGGUUGAAGAUUGCCACUGCCAGCAUCGCAGGGACUAAGGUCAAUGUGUCCAUGGGCAGCAGGUUGGACAUCAAUGGCUCACUUGGGUCCAUGCAGUUGGUGGAUUUGACUCAGGAAGGAGGCCGGAGCCAGUUUGUGGUCAGUAUCGGCAAUGUUGAAGACAGCACCUCAACUCUGGGUGGAAUAACCUUCCUCCCUGACACCGUAGUGUCCCCCUGUGAGGCUUUAAACUUUCGCCUGCUGGAAAAAUCCCAGGGCGAGUGUUCACUGAAGCUGGAAAUGGCCUCUUUGCACUAUAACCACUCAGCCAAGUUCCUGAAGGAGCUCAGUUUGUCAGCCAACGAGGUAGAGGACAAUUUCCGCUCCAUGCUGAAAAGCGCUGCCACCAAAGUCUCAACGGUUUUAGCCACCAAGACAGCUGAGUACAGUGGGAUGGUGUCGCUCUUUGAGACUCCCUCACGAAGAUCUCGAACUCAAAGUCAGACCUGGAAUUAUCCAUUUGAGGAUGAGGAGGAUCUGUCCAUGGAAGAACCAGAGCCAACCCUGGAUACCUUCUUUGUGAAGCUGACGCUAAAUGUCAGCAUUGAAUCCCCUGUUGUGUCCAUCCCCCGUAAACCUGGACACCCUGAGCUAUUAGUCGGUCAUCUUGGGAGCAUAGCGAUCCAGAACUUUGUUACUGGGCAGGAGUCUGAAGGAGAGAAGCUACAGGUGCUGGUGAAGGAUAUUCGACUGUAUUCACUCAAUAUGAGUCAUCUGGUUUUGAAGAGGACACCUAGAGGGGACAUCGUCACAAACAUAUCACCGUCCCGUCACAGCAGCAUCAGCCAGGAUGAGCCUCAGUUCACACGCCACGAUUUCUUUGAGUAUCUUAGUCGGGGCAAAGGUGAGAGUCUUUCUUUUUUUUUUUCUAAGAUAUCCUGAAUAUUUCUCUUUAUCAAGUACAAGCUACUGACACCGGUGACUUUCUUCAUCAGCCUUCCACAUAUUGAAAGACACAACGAUACAGUUCACCCUUGAGAAGGUUCCAGUUGAAGAAGACACCCAGUUCACCUUCCUCACCACAGAGGAGCCCUUCAAGAGCUCAGGGUUACUGAGAGUGGAGGGCAAAUUUGUCAACCCUGUUCAGGUAAAUGUUAUAGCAUAUAUUAUCAUCAUAGAUUCUGCCACAGUGUUGUAUGAAGGGUGUUCAUAAUGUAUCAUGUCUUAAUGCAAAUUUGGUUGUAUAACAAAUAAUAAUUCUCACAACUUUAUCCAGCUAUAAAGAUCACAGAGAACUCAGUCAGUGUGUCAUAAGAAGUUGUGAUUUCUUUCAUUUCUUUAAUUCUCAAAAUAUAUCAUUAUUACUUAUGACAAGCUAAAGCUGGACUUUGGGCACUUGGAGUAAAGCAAAAUAGUAACUAAAAUAUACCAUAAAGAUAUCAACGUAACAUAUUUAGUACAUAGGUUAUAAUGAGUUACUGUUCAUUUGUCGUAGUAAAAUAUAGCUGUAACAUAUCAGAACAGACAAAAAACAACAUCACUCACUAGCUUUCACAAAAUAACGGUGUUGUAGGCCUUCUUACUGUGGUCUUGUUCUCAAAGAUUCUUAUUGACAAUCCUUAAGAUAAAUGUCUCAAAACCAUCUAAAAUUAAAUUGUGCUUUUACUUGAUGAUCUGUUGCUCACUACAUAAAGAUCACUCACAAAACAACUGGUUAUGAUUUUUUCUUCAUUUUAAAUCUUCAAAGGUGUCACUAGAAGUGUAAUAUUAUGAUGUAUUCAGGGACUGUUGGGUUUGAUUAACAUUAAAUCUCUGUUGAGUGGGUUUUUAGCUGGUGAUGAAACAAACUGAAGUGAAAAAAAUGCCUUUUAUAUGACAAGAAGGCAAACAAGGCUAUUAGUGCCAAGUUAGAUUUUUUAUUUUGUGUGGUUAUUUUUAAUGAUGGUCAUCGCUCUAUCUGGGAAGAUGUCAGAUGAACAUGCAGAAUAAACAGACUUAAGAAAUCAAGGAUACAUCUGUCUACAGGAAAACUGAAAUUAAAAAGUGUUGUCAGGAGCUUGUGGUGAAAGCAAAAUUGGAUAACUGCAGAUAAUCAGGAAUUAUUCGAUAAGUAAAAACUGUUUCUGUGUUUGGUCUAGCAUCACUUACUUAUAACUCAUUGUGUCAUUCUUUGACUCUGUAAUCGUAGGUGUUCCUGUGUAAACCUGUGUAUGAGCAAGUCCUCCAGACCCUGGACAACUUGUCUCUGAUUGAGGAGAUCCGCGUCACACCAAGUCAGCCGCCAACACCCCCACCUCCGACUCCUUCUUCCACCCGACAUCAUCGCUUUCCAGACCCUCAGGGAGGGCUUUUUGCAAGGGACCCUCCUCACGUCACCUUCUCCCACAUGUCGCUUCCUUCACCUUUACCUCUUCAGUCUCACAAACCCGCUCUAGAGUCUCCUUCGUUCACUCAGCUGAAGGUCACCCUACACGUAUCUGAGCUGCAGGUCCAGCUCAGUGCAGACCUGACUCAGGGCUCUCAGGGCUUAGUCAGUCUGCGCUUCCAAGAUCUGGAGGGAGACUUCACCAAAGACCACCCUCACCUGCUGGCAGUUCAGCUGGCUCUGAAGUCGUUGCUGAUGGAAGACCUCCUGGAGCAGAACCCGGAGUCCAAGUACAAACACUUGAUGGUGUCUCGCGGUGCUCUCAAGCCCUCCACCUUUAGCCCAAAGGAAUACCUCUCCCAAAGUUGUCCAUCAGCAUCCAAUGCUCUGUGCCCAGACAUGCCCCGCUCUCUGCCAGCCCACAUGGAGGAGGCGCAGAACGUCUUCCAGCUAUACCAGCGACAUCCAAGCACCCCUUCAGCCAGCAGCCGCAAGUCCAAGAGAGACCCAGAUUGUCCCACUACUCCCCCUCCCUCCCCUACCCACCACACGCCCUCCCCUCAUCCUCCCCCGGACUUUGAUGACUCAUUAGUUCAUAUCAACGUGCUGCUGGUGGAUCAGAACCACCCGGAGUUUAAAACACGAUACGGCGGUGUAGGCCGGAGCAUAGAUGUGGACUUUAACUGUUUGGACGUUUUGAUCACACUACAAACCUGGGUGGUUAUUCUGGACUUCUUCAGUAUCGGCUCCACAGCCAAUAAUCACGCAGUGAGGGUGAACCCCAUGUCACCCCAACCUGUACCGGGACAUCCUCUGUAUGAGCCGGACAUGGACGAGGAGGAGACAACAGAGGCAGUCAACACUAAAGUGGACCUAAAGGUAGGAGGCUGGAGAAGAUGUAGUUUUUUUCUUUAAAUGGAAGGAAUACAGUGGCAUGUUUAUUCAGAACAGUGGCUCCUAAAAUGUGUCUCACACCUCCCAAGGGUGGCUGGUAGUACGGUGUCAUUCAGUGGUCACCUCAUCCUCCAAGUGGGGGAAUGGAAGCCAAAAUUUGGGAUUGGGAACCACUGAUAUAGAGUUAGUUCUGAAUGGAGAAGAAGCUACACUUCUUCCCAACCUCGCAGGUGACAGUGCAAGGUCACAAAGUUCAUGAGACUGAAACCUGUUUUUGUUUUCAUUUUUAGGUUCAUGCUUUGUCUCUCAUACUAAACAAGAAGCUCAAUGAGCUUGCCAGAGCAAGUGUAUCCAAGUUAUCUGCUCAUCUGGAAAUGUUAGGUAUGUAUGAGAAACUUGACCUUAAUCAGAUUAAACAAACUGAACACUGAAUUUUCUUUUACAUGAAGAUGUUGCCUCAUGAACAGGAAUUAAUGUUUGAUUUCACUUCUUCUUGAUAAUAUUUCAGAUGGAGACUUGGCCUUACAAGGCAGUUUAGGAAGUUUAUCUUUGAGCGAUCUUACUCCACAUGGUGACCUCUACAGAGAGCGCUUUACCACACGAGGAGGAGAGGCUCUCAAUUUUGACAUCCGCAAGUAUGUAUCAAUAAUUUUUGAGUCUGUGACUUUUAUGAAUUAGAAGAACUCAGAAAUAUCGAUCUUGUUUCAUAACCUUUGUGUCCCACACAGGUACGGUGAGCCAGAUCCUUACCUGGAGCGGGAGUGUGACAUCAGGGUCUCCUUGAAGAUGGCCUCAGUGCAGUAUGUCCACACGCAGCGCUUCCAGGCUGAGGUGGUGGCCUUCAUUCAACAUUUCACCCAGCUGCAGGAUGUCCUGGGCAGACAGAGGGCUGCGAUGGAGGGCCAGGCUGUGAGUACUAUCCACUUGGGCUUUCAAACUUACUGAAUGAAGGAUUAUUUACUUCAUUAUUAGUCUUAUAAAAUAAAGUCCUCCUCCCUGUAUCCACUCAAAACCCCUCACCCUCUCUGUCCCCUCUGUCCCUCCCUGCAGGUACGAGAUCAUCCUCAGCGGGCUUCCAGGGUUCUGCUGGAUAUUGAGGCUGGCGCUCCAGUGAUUCUUAUCCCAGAGAGCUCACGUUCGCCGAGGGUUAUUGUGGCAAACCUCGGUCAGCUGAAGGUGCAGAACUGCUUCCUGCCAGCUGGGGCUCAUGGGACUUUUUCCCUUCAAGACAAGGUAGAGAAACUGACCAUGGCACAUGCCUUUUUCCCUUCUCUGGUGAGUCACGCUGUCCAUCCAUCUGUGCAUGCAGUGUUCUCUCACCACCCUUCCUUUUCCUCGUCUUCUGUCUAACUGCACUUUAUUUCUCUCUGUGAUUAAUGGAAAUAACCAAACACUGAAAAUCAGUACUCACUCCUGAAGCUUGUUUCUUGACUCUCAAUAAAAAAGUUUUCUUUUCUUUUUGUCCUCUUCUACCCUUCAUGUCUGAAUUCAACAAGUAACUUGCAGUGAAUACUGCGCUGCCUGAUGGAUUACUGUAAAAAGCAAGCACUCUUCCAUCCCUGAACCAGUCGAAAUUCGAGUGUCUUUGCUUUUGUGCCAACCUUAAUGUAUUUUGAUUCAAUGUUUUUUUAAUGGUCUAAUAUUUGGGGUAAUAUCAUUCUCAGCUAGAUGUGAAAAUUUAGGAUGUUAUUUUUAAUCCUGGUUGAACCAAACCAGAAAAUGUCAAGUAAAUCAUCUUAAACAAACUUACAUAAGAAUUAUUAUUAAUUCAACAGUUUUAAAGGAUCAGUUUAAAGGAUUAAAGGAUUAAGUUUGUUUAAGCUCAGAAAUAAGUAUAUCAUAAGAAAAGGAAAAUGUAAUCUGGUCUUUAAUAUGCAUCUUGUGUUUUUUUGUGUGAAGAAUUUUAUACUGCAUGCAAGUUCAUACAAGGAUCCAUCUCACUAUAAGGUACACUGGCAUGCACUUGCUGUUUGCUGUGGAGAAGAGUUGGUAUACUAUAUUUGGUUUUACACUUUGUUUCCAUCUUGGAUCAAGCUUCAUACUAUCAGAAAUGGUAGAACCAGUACCACACCGCAAAGAGCUGACAGUAUUUUAAAGCUCCUGGGAGGAACUUUUAAUAAGUGUUGAUUGCUGAUUUUGUUCUGGACAGACUUUAUUAAAAAAAAAUAAAAACUUGGGAUGGAAGGUGAAAAAAUCGUACUUGCAACAUGAGAUUGAUAAAUUGGUCUGACACUCAACACCCAAAACAUAAACAAACAUAUAGAAGUACGUCCUCCUCUUGAAUGUGGUCUUCUUUGCUUCUGGUUAUAGGGAGGCAACAAGAAUAAUUUCAACCUGAUCCAGCUAAAAAAAUAAAAAAAAACUACUCACAGGAGCUUUAAUUGCAUCUUUGUCAGUGAUACGUUGUGAAGUUCUUGAUUCUUGCAGUUGCUAAUUUGAUGAAUCAAUCUCUCCAUUAUAAGAUGUUACAUGUUUCGUUUCAAGAUAUACACCGACUCUUCAGGCUCCUUAGUUUUUUUUUUAAUGUAACUGUUAAACAAUCCCAAAAACUUUGUAUUAGAUGCGACCAACUUCUUAAUGUGCAGUUUUUUAGAAAACAGAAACUUUUUGUGCAUUUACAGUGCUGUCUGUUAAGAGCCCUUUGUUUCCCCUGCUGAACAUGAUCAGAGGGCUCUUCUGAGAAGUUGGUGUAUUGUUUUGGAGCAUUUUGGUUUUGAAAUGUCAGUGUUUGCUGAAGUUUCUUUGCUGUUAAUAGUAGAAAAGGUAUCUUCAAUUUAUUUGAAAUUGUAUUUUCCAAUUUUUCUGAUCUGCUGUAUCAAAAUGUUUAACAUUGAUCAAUCAUUUAAUUCAUUUCUAAGAAGCAGGUCUAAGUGUAUUCUUCACAAACAAUGGGAAAAUUCUGAGUGAAAAUUGUUUUCCCGGCUGCAGGGACACUUGAGUAGUUUUAUUGAUUUGUUGCUUUGAAGUGGUUCAGUGAGAUUUUCACUUUUUAAAAAGUAGGAAGAUUAACAGAAGUACCUUCAGUCUCUCGUUGUCCAUGAAACUAUUCAAACACUUAUGUGAAAAAUGAAAAAGCUUAAAAAUUAGUGGCGACUGAUCUCAUAUUUUAGUAUUCCAAUGAAGCUUACAAACUGAAUGAUGGGGAUUGUCAAACCAAGCUCUCUUGGUGAAUGUUGUUUAUUUUGUGCUUCAGCUCCUUUUGAAAUGAUUCAUGUGCCGAUUUAUUGAGUCCUGUUUCUAACAUUGGCCCGACUUCAUGUCUCUUUUCUGUCUGUCUAAAAGGACCGCGUCCGGAGUGCAGCAGGGAAAAACAGUGACCAGGACAAACCAAGAGCAUCCGUUUCCAGCACUUCCUCCUUUACAGGGUUCACCCUGGGCAGGCCACAGUUCCCAGACUCAGGGAAGGCCCCUGAGGAGGACGGUUCUUACAACUUGGGUAACCAUCUCUGUCCAAUUUGGAAGAAACAGGCAGAGUGUAAACAGAAAAGAAACAUAAGAAGUGACUGUUGUUGCUGUUACUCGUGUUUUCCCCAUUAGAGGACCAUGUGUGCCUGCUGGACUGCAUAGCCCUGGACCUGCAGGAGAUGGACAUCUUUGCUGCUGAGCGUUUACCCUCUCCGCUCUGGGAUAGCGUUGUUAAACCUCCAGAGCCAUCAGACCUCAUCUUUCCUUCAUACUCGGUCCGUCGCACUGGAGACAACCUGCUCAAAGACUGCUGCCGCCUCAAGCUGAAAGUAGAGCGCAACUUAGACAAGUAAGCCCUGCUUCUUGAAUAAAUGUUUGUUUUAUAAUCUCAAGUGCACCGUUUUCAUUAUAUAAUGUAGAUGUGUGACACUGAGCUCUUUUUUCCAGUUUCACUACAUGCUCGUACCCCAUGUCCAAACUCACGCCUGUGUUUGUUGGUGUUUUCAGGGAGCUGAGCCAUGCAGUCCCAGACAUGUCCAUCCACGGCAGCCUGUCAUCAGUCCACUGCUCUCUGGACCUGGAGCACUACCAGCUGAUCAGAGGUCUGCUGGAGAACAACCUGGGAGAGCCAGUUGAAGAUUUCCUCAGACCCUACAACCUGCAGGACCCCAGCACCUAUGUGAGAAAGCAUGCUGCCACAAAUAUCCAGAAGUAUAUUUGUAGCUUUUUUCUGUCAUAAAUUUUGCUUGGCUUUCUCGCUUGGACCGUCUUUGGAUACUUGAUAUUCUAUGACUUUGAUGCAAGCCUCACUUAAGUGUUACUUUGCGUCACUAUCAGAGUUGACACCACAGCAUAUGCGAGAACCGUCACCAUUUGCAGCCUUAAUACUUAAAUGUGCUCAGAAAUUGUCACCAAAACACAAGGUCACUGUUGGGUUUCAGUGCAGCUGUGUUGAGUUUUUUCUGUGAUUUUGGAGCUUUUUUGCUGAGCUGCAUGUUUGACUCAGAAAUAUCAACAAAUGACAAACCAAAAUAACUGAUCAGAAAUAAGAAUAUAUUAGGAUCAACUUGUAAGGGGAUCCAGUCAGCACCACUAUUCAUCAGAUUUCUUUAAAAGGUUUAAAUAUUUAUUAUAAACCUUUUCUGUGAAACUUUAUGCUCUCUGUCUCUGAAGGUCAUUGGUUUCGGCUCAUUCCAGAGUAUUUGUCACCAUUUUACCUCUGAAGGUAGUCGCCUUUUUGUCCUAAUUUGUGAAUCCAUCAUGUGUCUUUCCUCAGACGGUGUUAAGCGGUGAUGUCUACACAAACUUAUCAUUCCUGGUGGACAUGAUGGACGUCAGUCUGGAGCUCUUGGAUCGACCAAAACCUUUUGAGCCCAAACGAUCAUUAGCACGGUGCAGCUUUUCUUUCCUCUUACUGCUAUUAAAAACACUAUUUCAAAUUUUUCUUUAUUUUUGACCUGUAAAUGGUUUAUUUAUAAUACUUUAUUUAUACAGGGUUUCUGCUGGGUCUUUAAAAGCGUUAAAACAUUAAUUUGAAUUUAAGGCCUAACAACGUCAAUAAAACAGAUUUAUUUUGAAGUUAGUUUACAAAUUUCUAAUUUUUCUUCAUGUUUUUUGAACUUUUUUACCAGUAUGGAUGUAAAAUGGAUCUUAAAUUCAUUAUGGUCUCAAAAACAUCUAUAAAGUCUUAAAUUUGACUUGUUGAAACCUGCAGAAACCCUGUUAUAAUAUACAGGUCUGUGAGAAUAACCACUGAGUAACAGUGUGUGGAUAUUUAUCAACAGUGGUUUAUUCAUAUUGUGAUUGUUUCUCUUACAAAGGUUUGACUUCAUGAAGUCUAAGCUGCUCUUUGAGAGUUUUUCUAAUGGAUCCAAGUCGGUCAACUUGGUGUCUCACUCCCUGCUGGCAUACGACACUCGCUACACUGGACCUAAUAAGAGAUCUGCAGGUAGUGAUGGUGCCAGACCCAAUGCCUUUGACUGCAUCCUCCAGCCCUCCAAAACAGGCACAAACCGGGCGUCUCUGCAGCUGGAGCUGCACUACAGGUAUCACUGGAGCAUUUACACGCACAUGAGAGUGAUUUUGGAACAUAAGAUCUUUCAAAAAGGAUUAUGUCUCAUUGUUUGUGUCUCACCUUCUCACAGAUCCACAAGAGACUCCUCCUGCUUCACGGUGGUCCUCAACAACCUCAGGGUCUUCCUCAUCUUCGACUGGCUCCAGCUGGUGCGGGACUUUCUGCAGGGACCAGCAGAGAAGGCGUCAGAGGGAGCUGGGACUCGACAGCGUUGGCCAAGUAACACCAGCACAGACUCAGCCUCCGGGAUCCCAGGUGCCACAACAAUUGGAGCUGUCAUGCCAAAAACAGUGAAGAGUGGGGUGGUCACCAAGAGGUCCACAGUGCCGGUCACCCAGGACAGAUACCUGGAGGUCAAGAUCAAUGUCACAGGUCAGGAAAAAGUGUUUUUUCACUGAGAAGAUAACAAUUUCUGUGAACAGUUGGAAUACAAGAAAUGAGGUUUGUCUGCACAUGAUUUUGGCUAACUUCUAUACAUCUACUCAUGAGCAAAAUUUAAUGUUUAAAAUCUGAUGCAGAGAUUAAAGAUAACAACAAAGAAAGUAAUUUUUGCCUUGUCUUUGAAAUCUGUCUCAGAUUUGCCCAUUUUGCAAAGCCACAGUGCGACUGGAAACUCCAGACUUAAUGCUAAAGCACCUCUCUGAAUCUACUUUAUCUCCAAGUUAUUGAUGUUACUGCUUUAUACACAGUUAAAACCUCGAAACACCCCUGGCAACUUCAAAUAGCUGCAACAUCUUAAGAAUACACCCUAAACUCCACAGCCAGAAAUCCAAGAAACUCUGUCAAGAUACAACUGACAAAUUCAGCAAUAGUUUAAAUCAUUAAGAAAUAGAUGAACGGCUUUAGUUUCAACCGUAAAUCUGUAUUCAAUACCUCAUGAUUUAUGCCUUUUUAAUGUUAUGUUGCCGUUUGGACUCAGGCACAGAGUUCGUGGUCGUGGAGGACUCUUCUUGUCUGGAUACUAACGCCAUCAUCCUGAAAGGCACCACUGUCCUCACCUACAAACCCCGUCUGCUGGACAGACCCUUCUCUGGCAGCCUGGCAGGGAUAGAGGUAACAUCUCCAACAGACCGAACACUGUCAGUUAAAAAAAAACAUCAUCAUGGCAAAGAUACUUGAUUUAGUAAUGACCAACUAACUAACCUGCUACUGCAGCUUUUUCAUGACUCUUAGUACAAAAAGAGGACCAGAGUUGCAUCAUCUUAAAUGCUAAGAUUACAACAAAGACAAUUACUCUCCUUCCUGUUAUUUAAGAUGGCUAAAACAGUGCACAGUGUAGCCCAGUUCAGAGAGUAACUUUUGUUUAAUUUUUACAUUCUGCGUUUGUGCAGGAGUGCUACUAAUUUUUGACCAAACCACAGAUAGUAAAUGCCAAAGUUUAAUCUCAGAGGUGUCUUGUCCCUUCAGGUGUUCUCGUGUCGGCUUGGCAGUGAGCAAGAGACAGCCCUGUCCAUCAUCGAUCCCGUGAAUAUUCAGGUGGAGCUUUGUGGGAGCCCAACAUACCAAAGCAGCUCAGGUUUACUGGACGCCUUCAACGUGGAGGACAUCCCACCACUGCUGGAGGUCAGGAGUCAGCACUCAUAUAAGAAUUAAAUGUUGUGGCAUUAACAUGAGGAAUUAUUUGGCUUUUGGCUUUCCAGUCUGCAGUGACUGCUUCAGGGAUGGUCAAAUGAGUAGAUAUGCAAGACAAAGUAAAAGGAUAUAAAUGAGCCGACUCUUUAUUUGUUUACUAAAUGAUCUGAUAUGCAGCUUGUCCAGCUAAGGGCUAAAAUGUUCAUUCAAGUCAUCAAGGGCUGUAAGUUUGUAAGAGUGUAUGGCUGCCAUCCUUAGAUUUUACCUCUGAUUUAUUCAUGCUGACAGGAUGGAUCCAAUUUUAAUUGUAUGUAUGUGAUUCUCUGACAGAUCCAGUUUCCUGCCCUGGACAUCCGUCUGUCCUACAAUGAUAUUCAGCUCUUCUUGGCCAUCGCAAAGUCCAUCCCCACUGCCACCACUCCAGUGCCCCCAACCACUGCACCUGGGACUGAGACCACUGUUACGCCCAAAGACAGCUUCAGGCAAAAGACCGAGGCCCUCAUAGGUAUGAACAGACCAGCGUGUACAGUGAUUUAAAGUUUCACCUUUUUAAACCCCGACAUGAGAAUAUAUUUAAACAUUUUUGCCUCAAUUGUUAUUGAUGUAAACAAAAAGCAACAACUACAAUGCAAACCUGAUGAGGUUGUGUUUUGUGUUUGCAGAAGGUCAACUGACCCGUUUACAGGACUUGGGUUUCAGGAAAGAGGACUGCAAAAAAGCUCUGAUCCACUGCAAAGGUAAGUGCAGCAUGUAAUACUUUCUUCUUAGCUGCUGACCCAUCACUGCUAGAAACCAUCACUUAAUAUAAACAUACAUAAAAACUUGGUAUUGUACCCCUCAGGCCAGUUAGACCAGGCUGCCACGUGGCUGCUGGAGAACGCUGAAAACAUAGCGGGUCAUCCCAGAUCCAGGGCGGACUCUGGGUCUAGCAGCCACUCGGCUCCUCUGUCUGGAGUGGAGCUGAAAGCUGAGAGCGUCUGCAUCUGCUUCAUCGACGACUGUCUGGACUGUGACAUACCGCUGGCUGAGCUCACCUUCUCCAGUAAGUCCACAGGGAAUGCAACUGUGCUGUUAAACAUGAGAACAGGACUGAGGAUUAACUUUCUGAAACUGUCGUAAAAUAUGAAUAAAGCAGCUUCAGAGCCACUUUUAUUUACCUGGAACCUUUGAGGCUGCUCAAACAUCGCAAACAUACAUCCUCCUUUUAGCAUGAAUGACAAUCACAACCCCGAUCUGGCAGAACAAACAUUUGCACACUGAUGUGAAGCACAGUGACCGGUGCAUGCAACUGCUUUUAUUACAGAUGUAGCCUUUAGCAAUGUAUUGAGUGUGCAUGCUAAUUUAAGAUAAUAAAGUCGCAGUAUUCAGCAAUAAAAUGUGUGCAUACAGAUGACCCUUAAUCCUAGUCCCGGUACAGUGAUUUGUAACCAAACACAGCAGUUCCCAAAUGUGUUUACUUCUUUUUACUCUCCUUUUAUCCAUUUUUGAUACACUCACUCUUUUUACCUCAGAGGGGAACAUGACAAAAAGAACUUUAAAAGCUGAGGUCCUUCAUGUUUAGAUCAGUCAAUAAAUCAAAUGAUAUGAUACAGUCUGUCUACUGCCCUGUAAUGUACAUAAGAAAGGAAAAGUGGAGCAUAACUAUCUUGUAUGUUUUGUAUCCUGAUUGUAAUCUUGUGGUUUCAGGGCUUUACGUGCUGCAGCGCAUCGGUUCCACUCAGGAGGGAAAUGCCAGCUUCACCCUGUCUGGAGACUACUACAAUAGAGAGCUGUCAGGUAAUUAGAGAUUAUCUUCAUGGAUGGAAACAUUUAUCCAGAGUUAAAAAUGAUAUUACUUUGCACUUUUCUUGUGGAGAAAAUGUGUUGAAUUCAGCUGCAUGUUUUUUUGGGCUCAGCAAAUCCUAAAAUAAUUGAGAUUAGAAAAGAAUUAUGUCCAACCAACUUGAGUCAUUGUUACAGAGUUUUUUUAAUGGAAGAAGAACCACAUUAUGCAAAGACAAAUAAACCACAUCCUGGUUUUAUGCGGGAUGUAAAAAAACAAAGAGCAGAGUCUAUUUGCUGAUAGUUUCCACAGACUGAUUUGAGCAAACAUUAGCACAUCAUUAGCUGGAAAUGCUGCUUUCCAAGAAUGUCACACUUGAGUUAAAGAUGCACAUUGGUUAUCACAGAAAUAAAUGAUGACUUAUUUCGGAUUUCUGUGUCUGUGUUUGUGUUUGUUGAUCAGGCUGGGAGCCUUUCAUCGAGCCCUGGCCCUGCUCUCUGUCCUGGCAGCAGCAGGCAGCCGGCCGUCUCCACCCUCCUCGUCUCAAGAUGGGGAUCCGAGCCAAGCAGAGACUGGACAUCAACAUUACCUCUGUUCUUCUGGGUGAGCUGAUGCUGCCACAUCCUCCUUUUCCCUGAGAUAAGCAUGCAUGAGCUGGAUUAACAGCAUUGUUCAGGGUUAACAGAGUGUUUUAUCAGGUUGUGUCACCGUUUCAGACUUUUCCCACAAGCAGCAAAUGUUGAACGUGUCUCUAUCUGGUCCUUCCAGAGCAAUAUAAUACCACUAAGAGCUCUUGGAUGGCUGACUACUGUAACGAAGAAGGACAGUCACCCCAGUCUUCGCCCGCCCUGCCCUGGCUGGGCUCAUCAGUCGACCCGCCAAACAUCAUCCAGAGUGAGUCCAGCUGCACACAGUCACAAAACCAGACAGUGAAAAAUGUUUAUUUGAACAAGAAUACUUAGAAUUAAAAAAGAGUGUUCUGAAUGAAGACAAUGGUCUAAUAUCUUUUCCUGGAUAAACAGUUUCAAGCUGUAAAGAUGACUGAUAAUCUUGAUGACAUAUAAAGCUUGAUUCUCUCCAGACUUUAUUAAUCUCAGCUGCUGUCUUAAAAGAUGUAUAUGUGGCAUUAGAGUCGGCAUGAAAUCCCUCUGUGACUUUUGCACAGUUAGGCAAAAUUGUUGCAUAUUGUUGCUUUCUUCAGCCUUAAGCCUUAUGUUACUUAUUAAACAACAAAUCUAAACACAUGAUUGAAAUAAAGUCAGCUUCUCAUUUCAGUCAUAGUGUUUGCACAAUUCUAAGCAUAAACCAAGCUAUCCAUUUUUAAUAAUGAUUCAGAGAGUAACACUUAUUUACAACCUGAAUACCCUUUCUUUGCAUACAAAUACUGAUGACUUCCCCGUUACAUGUUCUGACCCAAAUCUUAUUUAUUUAGAAUAGUUGUAAGACACGGCAUCUCUUUAUUUUUGUCCUUUUUUAGACUAGGAUUAAACUUUUUAAUUUACUUUAACUCGUAUUAGUCUUUUUCUUCUAACAGCUUUAUCUGAAAUCAUUCAGGUAGCCCCUUUUUUCAUUCUUUGUAUUUAACACCAAAUGAGGCUUCAAAACACUAUGGAUUAGUCUGGUAUUUGUUCACUUCCAGCAGCACUACCUCUAUUUCAAAGCCAUUUAAAUGUGUCCUGAAUUAGGAGUCUGGUGCACAAUUGAUUUUGAGUUAAUUUGGGUAUUUCAGCAUCUCUCUACUUCUGUUCUUGAUCCUUUUUGACUUCUGUGGCUGCCUGCUGCACUGCAGUCUCACACUCUUUCAAGGUUAAUAGAGAGGCGUUACUUAUACCAAUAAGAAUGACAAGCACAGCCUUUCAAUUUCCGAGGCCACAGCAUUCAUCAGUUUAAAAGCGAUUUAUUAAUCUGUCUAUGACUUUGUGUAGGGGGUCAGGGAUAUCUAGGUUAGCUGUCUGAAAACCACAUUGAAGAAAAAUAUUGAAUAGAUGUUGCUGAUUUAGCCCCAUUGUUUUUGGCAUAAGGUAGAGUCUUUAAAAAUAUUUUAGUUUUUUUUCCCUCAUCAACAGCUGAACUUUUCUGCACAGAGCAAAACCACCAUCCUGUGGUUUUAGAACCUGUUUGAAUAUAUUAUACACUAAAUUAUUGGCCUUUUUUCAUAAUUGACAGAUUCUAAUCUAAAAGCUAAUAUUGUGUAACAUCAUUACCUUAGAUUUCUUCUACCUCUGGGCCAUAGAGCUUCACCGUCUUUAUAAAUAAAAAUCAGUCUGACUGAUGUCCUGGGUGUUGCUUCAUCACAGUGAACAGACUGUGUCCUGCUGCCCCAAAUAUUUAUUAGAGCACAAAAAAGGAUUAUUCUCCAACUAAAAAAAAGUCACUCAAAUAAAAUAAUACUACCUUGUUUCAUUCCAGUGAGCAGCUGUUUGAGGUUAUAACUCUGUGUGGAAAAUAGCGACAACAUUUCUUUAAAAGUGUGUUGAUCCCAAAGGAGUCUGUUGGCACAGAUUUAAAAAAGAUGAUGUGAAAAAGACUUCAACAAUAAUGUUCUUUUUAAAGCAGUCUGUCUGUUUGGACUUUGGUCGUGUAUUUUGGUUGUGUGUGUUCAUCCUGUGAGAAACUUGGUUGAUGAGAUGAUCCAAUCUGAAGAUUUGUCAAAUCUUUAACUGCUUCACUCCAGCUUUGCAUAGUAACUUGUUUAUUGUGAUAUUUGCUCACAAGUCAAUCAGUGAGAUUAUUUAAAUAACCUGCAGCUCAUCAGCCCCGUUCCUCCGCUCCCCCGUUGAACAGGAAAUGAAUGGACUGUUGACAUGUUGGUUGCUGUUCUUCUAACUCGAGUAAAAGAGGAGAAAUGACUUGAAGAGAAGCAUGAUUGCACAGUUUGUAAAGUACUGAUUUGCAGAGAAGUGCGGGUCGUUGACUCGGCGUUACAGAAUGAGGAUGAUCUAACCCUUUUGUGUGUUCCCUCUGCAUGUGUCUCUGUUGUGCAGUAACUGUCUCUCUCUGCUGUCAGGUGCUCCUCUUGCUCACCUUAGAACUAGGAGCACAGCCAGCUUGACCUGCCUCGAGCAGCAGAUUCACUCCAGAGGUACAGUUCAGAGUUAAGCCGCCCAGGCAGAUGCUCCGAAUCACAGCUCUCAGUCAGUCAGUCAUCAUGAACCUGUCCCUCUAGUGGAAGGCCAUCCUGCAGUUUUGAAGUCAAAAGCCUCAAAUUUAUUUCUCAGUAUAAAUAUCACUAAGAGAGCUCAGACCAGUAAAAUUCAGUCAUUUAUGAUUGGCUGACUGCAGGAUUACAACAUUAUGUGUCUGAACCGAAGCAUCAGCAGACCAGUUCGCUUUCAGUAGACUCAAAUGAACUAAGCUAUUUUAGUUUGUGCAUACUCCUCCAACCCCUGAUCCCAUGUCCAUCAAAGUAUCACAAAAGGCUUGUACUUAAAUCCCUAGUAAAGAGUUUUUAGCUGGUUAUGAAACAAAGUAAAACUCCUGUGACCUGCAAAAACCAACAAAAUCAUCAGAGAACAAUGAUUUAUAGCAUGUUCAAGAAACUGCCUUUUUGCUUUUUAAAUUUCCACAGAGGACACAAACCACGGCCUCAUCAUAUCUCAUUUGAAACCUGAACAUUAAAGUCUUUAUCUCAAGGUUGAAAAUCCAAAUUUCUCCAUAAAGCAUGUGACCAGCGCACUGUUUGUUAUCUGUAGACGGCAUAGUCCACAUGGGUCAAUUAGCAUCGUGACAAAGACAAAAAAAAGCAGGGUUUUAUCUAGUAGGGUUAAAAAAAAUUGCUAACUUCCUAACAAGUGUCCAACUGGUUUUGUCUGUACUUCAUUAGUUGAAAAUAGACUUAAAAAAACAAUUUAAAACGAUGUUAUGAUUCCCAAAGGAUUAGAAACCCCCAUUCAACCUAAUUUCUGACCAACCUAGCAAUAGACAAAGAGGGAGCUGAAGUGGGCCUCCUGGCAAACAGCUCUACGACCCAACCAUCUGGUCAACCAUGUCAGUGGUUAGAACAAAAAGAGCAGGGAAGAACCAAGAUGCAACCUUCAUCUUGAAAAAGGAAAUCUGCAGUUACCCCAAGCGGCUACAGAAGUGUUGAAAACACAUACACAUUAUCUGUGGCUAUUUGCAAAGAGGCUGGAGGCCUAUCUUGAUUAAAAAGGAGGAUGAGUCAGCAUUGCCAAUAUUGCGACCACCACUGGUAAGGAAACAAACAGUAUCUUUACACAGUUCUAUCUAUAGACAAUGAGCUAUUCAGCAAGUCUUUGAUCAAGAUUUUGAUCAUUACAUGCUGCAUUCUAGUUUUGACAGCCUCAGGGCAGACAAGCUUUACGUGCCUGCAGCCCCAGACCCUUGUUAGGAAACUAAGGAGCUGAGUCACUCCCUGAUUUUUAAACCUAUGGUUAACUUUGUUUAGUCAAAUAGUUGUUAAAGAAAAGAUUAGAGUAAACAGAUGAAAUAUUGAGCUUCAUCAGGCUCCUCUGUUAUCUGGCGUAUAGUCUGUCCUAUAUAACACAUUUUAUAGAGUAGCACAAUGUGCUCCACAUUCAUUAAAAACAAACUGUGAUACCAUCAUAAAAGUGUCAGACAAGAAAAGAAAAGAAAAGAAAAGAAAGCAAAACAUGUCAAGGCAGAAAACAAAAAUUGAUAUCAAAGUCUAGACAACACUCAUACUUCUGGAGAAAACUUGACUUUUUAGUUUUUUUAAGGCACAAGGCAGAAAUUUGAGUGUGAUAACGCAAUAACACAUGGCUCAAGUAGACAAUUGUUAAUGCAAUCAACACACCUAAUAACACAUCUAAAUCUGCUGCUGUGGAGAUAGUGAACCAUUAGGUCAGGAGCUCUGUCUGGUGCUGGCUGUGGAUUAGCUAACUCCACCUCUUGACUUUAUGAUGACUGAGUGUAUAUUCAGUUCUGUCGCUGGCUUUAGUCGUGCUGAUGACCGCUUUGAAAUCAGUCUGAUGAUGUUUGACUACAGCCUCUCCUGUAUGUCUUCUCCUUUCAUCUGAUUUAGUUUUCUUUUUAUCCUGCAUGUCCUCUCUUUUAUUUGCUGUUCACUGCAUGAGCACUUACUGUGAAACAAUUGUCAAAAUUAGCUUGAUUUAUCCCCCCCCCCCUCCUUUUUUUUUAUUCUUGUGUAAAAAGUGUUUGAUUUUUUUUUUCUACAGAAAGUGUAAACUUUUCGCUGUCUCUCUGUGUUCAGUAGAUUUAAAGCCGUUUUGGUGUAAGACUUUAGGAUUAAAGAUGCAAACUGAAGAUUUAGCCUGAAACAUAAAAACCAAACAUCUGCUGGACACAGAGGUCAGACUUUGCCUUGUUUGCAUUUGCUCCAACGUUUAGCUGCCAAAGAGUUAAUUUGCUGAAGUGUUGACUCAUUUGUCCAUAAACUUCUGUCUGCCUAUGUUUAUUUCUAUGUUUUCUGUUCUCUGUGAACAUGAAUUUAUUAACAUUUCCAAAAUGAUGUAAACAAAAAUAUUACAGUUUGAUGGUAAGUAAGGGCAAAAUUCUGAUCUGCACAUUCAACAUGUGGUUUUCUUAACGAAAAAGCUGUGUGCAUUUAUGUUUCUGUGCUUUCACUCGAGCAGGUUCUACAUGAUGAGCUGUAUGUUCAUGUGUAGCAGAGUUUGGUUUUAUUCAUUGUUUUUGAACAAGCUGCUUUUUUAAAGGGGCACUCCAAAGUUUCUGCAAAAUUUAUCUGUCAUGGAUGAGACAGGAAACGCUAAACGAGAGCCAAUUUUGCAGCCUAAGUUCAUGAUAUAGCUGAAGCUAAGCUACUUCUAUGAAGAUGAGUUUCUCUUUUUUAUCUUAUAAUUGAUCCGGGUGAUUGGCGGAGUGCCCCUUUAAAGGAAAGAAGAUCAAGGCCCCUGUUGCCUUGGCUGCUUUUUUGGUCUCAAAAACCAAAGAGAAAGCAAGCGCAUGACUUUAACAGUUGAAGACUUGAUUUUGAAGUAAGCACUCAGUCGUGUUUAAUCAAUCAUCUGAUUUGUUUUUACUUUUCUGUUUCCAGCUGACGUAAAACUGUCCAAGAGAAGGCAGCCGUUUGUGCCGUAUGCUCUGCGUAACCACACAGGAUGCACCUUGUGGUUUGCAACUCUGACUACGACUCCCACAAGGUAGGAGUGAACUUGAAGAGAUGCAUACAAGUGAUGUGUGGCAGGUUAGACAGGUAAAUAGGCUUCCAGAAGAAGCAAACUGAGGGUGUAAUGACUGGAAAAUUACGAUGUCAGUUUUUUUUCUUCCUGUUGGAGGAAAAUUGCAGUCAUCAAAUCUGCAGCCAUUCAGUUCUGACGUUUAACAAAAGAACUAGAUGGCAGCGUAAGACCACCACAAGUAAAGGGAUGGGACAUUUGAUUUAUCAAAAAAGUGGGGGACAGUGCAUGCAUGCAGGACAAGAUGCAUUAAAUCUGGUAUCAUGUUUGAGUACUUAAGUAUCUUGAUGUCUUAUCAAAUGCUCAAAACUUGAUAAUCUAGACAACAUCUGACAAGAAUAGACAAGCUUUUGUGUAUGCUUUGAAUCUAUUCUUCUUCACAAAAUAGUCUCAAUGGUUUCUCAGUGUAGUCUGUUAGUAAAGUAAGACUGACAAAAAUCAUCCAGUUUUUUUUUAUUCAAUACCAGCAAUUCAAUACAUACCAGCAAAAGCAAAAGUUUCAACAAUUGCUUUUCUGAUUCAUAUACAAAAGGAAUAAAGGUAUAUUGAAUGUUUGAUUAUGUUUCUACAGUUUUGCUCCUCCUAACUUUACUCUUCCUCAUCAAAAAAGUGUUUGGAAAUAAUUCAGCUUGUACCGCCUGAUUUCUGAGUAAAGCUGUUCACGUGUCAUCCACAGGGUGGCGCUGUCUCACAGCAGUAGUGCAGACUCAAUCUCAGAAGUCCACAGUUCAGGAACUGACGACCCUCACAACGUGAGCCAGUGGAGAGAAGUGCUGCCAGGAGAGGAGAUCCCAUUUGAGUUUGAAGCACAUGAGAAACUCAGACACAGGUCAGCUCUUAUUCUGAUACAUAAGCGUGGGUUUUACACACUCUGUUUAUUUAAUGAUUUGGCUGUCAUAUUGACUGGUUUAAUAAAAUACAAUAGAUGCUGUUUUGAACAGCUGUCUGAGAUCAGAACGGUUGUUUCAUUGGAUGGUCUCAUAACAUUUUCAGGUGACCAAGAUCUAAAUCUAAAGUUGUGAUUGCUCAUUGAUUUUCCGUUUUUUUAGGGUGCAACUUUUCUUAUAUCCCUGCAUCUUGAUGUGCAUUUAAUUACCCGUCUUUAGCUCUCUGCUUUUUAAAAGGAUGAGCGAUAAAAAUCAGUAACUUAAAGAUGUCAGCUAUUUAAUGUGACUUGUUGUGACAGAAAAAUCAAUAUCAUUUUAAUGAUGUAGGUUCGCACUGACAACUCUUGCUGGCAGCAUUAAUUCUUGAGUUCACAAGUUGUUUAUCAUAACUUUUCGGGAAAAGCUGUCAAAACUGAGAAUGAUAAAUGGUUUGUAAAAAUUAAUCUUGUCAUGUAUUAUGCAUCAUUGAUGAAAACUUGGUGUCUGAAUACUUUUACCUGGCUUUUAUAUGAAUCAGGCUUGUAUUGGAGACACACCUUUAUACCAUGUCCUCCCUGUCUGAGAAGUAAAACUCUUCAUAAUUUAGUAAAAAUGAGGGCCUGAUGUGUGUCUUUGGAGCCUCUUCAUCUGCGCAAACCAGCAAAAAAACAUUUUCUUAUUCAUAAAGCACUACUUCACAAACUGUGCUGCAGGGCAAAUAACAUCUCUGUGGUCCAGCGUUGUUUUCAUGCAUUAUUGAAUAUAUAUUGAAGUCCAGUUGUUGUUUUUCUGUUUGUGAAAAUUGCCUCUUAAACUCCACUGAUGACUAAGUUUGGAAAAAUCAAAGAAUGUCUGUUUUUUUUAAUGUCCAUUUGCUCCUCUUCCUCUGCAGACACACUCAUGAGUUGAAGCUGCACCAGCUGCUGGUCCGUGUAUGUGGAUGGGAGCAGGUCAAACCGGUGUCUGUGGACAAAGUGGGUGUUUUCUUCCGCUAUGCAAAUGCAGACAGAAACACCUCCUCCAACACUGUGAGUCAGAAACUGCAGUAUAUGAAAAUCAUCCAAGUGUUUGGUUUUUAGAUUGAUUUUAUUCUUCCUCUUAUCCGUAAUCUUCCAACAGGUUGGCAGUCCGAUAAGCAGAACCAACAUCAUCCACCCUCAUGUUUAUGUGAGUCAUGAGAGCUUCUCUCUGCCAGUGAGCAGCCUGAAAAGAAUUCAAAAACAGAGACUUUUGUUUUUGUAAAGAUCUCAACCAAAUUUUCAAAACACCUGUAAUUAGCAUGAUUUCAAUUCUACGAUUUUAUGUGACUUGAUACUCAAAGUUUCUUGUCUGAAUCUUUUCAUCCUGCCAGUUCUCAGCCCUGCCCCCCGUCAGAGUCGUCUUCUCCAUCACAAUGGAGGGGAGCGCCAGAAAAGUCAUCACAGUUCGCUCUGCCCUCAUGGUGAAGAACCGGCUUGAUGUUCCCAUGGAGGUCAGACUGGACAGUCCCUCUGCUCCCGACAGUAAGAAACCAAUUAUUUUAAUACUCUGGAUUUACUUCAGUCCUCUGUGAGGAGGAUAUGAAAUAGAUUGUAUCAUAACACAUACACUAAAUUUACUUCAUUUAUUAAUUUAAUCUGUGUUUUAAAAUGUCUUUAAUCCUAUUAACGUUUAUUAAUCUGUUUCGGUCAUUUCUGUUAAUGAAGCUCUAUGUGUUCCUGUGUCCACAGAACCUGUCGUGCUGCCUCCCAUCCUGCCAGGUCAGGCCUUGGCGGUCCCCCUCCACUUGACGUCCUGGCGUCUGCAGGCUCGUCCCAAAGGUCUGGGUCUGUUCUUCUGUAAAGUUCCCAUCCACUGGACCAAUGUGGAGCGACCCGGAGAGCUCAGCAGCAGCAAGAGGGAGUGUCAGUCUGCAGACUUUGAUGACAACCUCAAGCGUAACUUCAGGUAAACACAGCCCGUCAGCCGUCCUGGUCGUGGUUCUUAUUUCCAAACAGGCUGUAGUAAUCACAGCGAUACUCUGCAGGUUCUGUGUGGUCAUCAAGAAGGAGAAUUAUCCAGACCAGCAGCCCGCCAAGAGGGUUUCUGGGAGUACGAAGCAGAUCUACCGACAGCCGGGCCACACCAUCUACCUGCUGCCAACCAUGGUGCUCGCCAACCUGCUGCCCUGUGACCUCAACUUCUACAUCAAGGGGACGUCCAUCAAGGGUUCGCUGAAGCCGGGGAAGGAGGCGGUGCUUCACGCCGCAGACACCUCACAGAACAUGGAGCUAGGUCAGCACUCACUAAACAUCACGUCUGUUACUCAGUUUCCCACCUUUUUUCUCUUUCUUACCACUUUUUCUUGUUGAUGGUCUCCUCCAGGAGUCCUGCUAGAGAAUUUCCCUGUGUGCAAAGAGCUGCUGAUCCCCCCUGGAACUCAGAACUAUGUGGUCCGCAUGAGGCUGUACGACACCAACAAACACCUGCUUUGCCUCACCAUCCGCAUCAUCCUGCGCGCACAGGGGGCGCUAAAGAUCCUGAUUUCUGCUCCCUACUGGCUAAUCAACAAGACUGGUAACAUUGCUGUCAAAAAUCUGUCACGGCCUUUCCCAUAAAAAGAAACUCUGUUUUCAGUCACUAAAGAUGAGGUUUCUCUUUCAGGUCUGCCGCUCAUCUUCCGUCAGGACAAUGGGAAAGCAGAUGCAGCUGGCCAGUUUGAGGAGCACGAGUUGGCCCGAAGCCUGAGUCCUCUCCUGUUCUGCUACACUGACAAAGAACAACCAGCGAUGUGAGUGUUUGGCAGAGAGCAGACCUCUAAUUGUUGGUGCAUACGUCUGCUCAGGAGGGAUUUAGGGUUCCCAGGGGAUGAUUCUGCAUGCCAAAGUAUUUUAAUUGUUGUAAAAGUCUCUUUAAAAAGUGGUUGUGGUGAAGGAGUAAGAGUCCCAGAAAAAUAAAUGGGGUAAAAACAACCCUGAUUUUGAUCGGUAGCCAGUGUAGAAAAAAAAAUCAUAUUGUGGAUUAGGAGUGGGAGAAAAAUCAAUACAGCAUAGUAUCGCGAUAUUUUGUCUGGUGAUAUACUGUAUCGUCUCAUUGACCAAGUAUCGAUUAUUUCAAAUUAAUUGCUAAUGUGAAGUCAAAUCUAUGAUAAUGGAAAAAUAGAAUCAACUGUUUGUCCAGUGAGGUUGGCAGAGGUGACAUCAUAGAGCAGGAGAAAGUUAGUGCAACAAACAUUGCAGCACCUGGAGAAAGACAUUAGGAAUGCAAGCAGGGCACAAAUAAGAUGGACCUGACACAUAAGGUUUGCAAGAUGUGCUACAUGAAAAUAAAAUAUUGCAUUAAUAAGACAAACAUAAAGGAAUAACAAAUGUUAAAUUAGCUAUGUUAAAUGUUAAAUUAACAUUUGAAAAACUUGUGUAAAUCGCAAUAUAUUGUAUCGCAGUACUCACUGGAUUGCAAAAUGUUAAACUUGGCAUAAUAUGGUAUCAAGGCCCAAGUAUUGCAAUAAUAUCGUGUCGUGGCCCAAAUAUCGUGAUAAUAUCGUAUGGUGGGGCCACUGGUGAUUCCAACCCCUAUUGUGAAUAUGGUAAGAAGAAUCAUGAGAAGUUGUUAAAUUGUGUCCAUGAAAAAUGAGGGCUCUGAAGAUGCCACAUUUUCAUCCAUGUCUUCUGCAUCUGAAUCCCAGGUGUACCAUGAGGAUUGGGAAAGGGAUCCAUCCAGACGGGGUGCCCGGCUGGUGUCAGGGCUUCUCCCUGGAUGGAGGGAGCGGAGUCAGGGCUGUGAAGGUCAUCAUGCACGGGAACAGGCCCGGUCUCAUUUACAACAUUGGUGAGCUGGAACAUUAAGACUCAGCAUGAACAAGCGUUAUUGGUUCUUGUACAGCAGAGGGUACAUUUUUAAACACAGAGGGACUUAUUAGGCACCGGCAUUGGAGAGGAAAAAGAGAAGAAUGGCAGAAAUUUGUUGGCAGAAACUCUUUUUUGAUCAUUGAAACUAUUCAUUCAACCCGGCUAAAUGGAGAAAAAUUCAUGUUCUCUCAGUUAAAUAUUUGCCUUUGAGCAAAACUUCAGCCAUACUUUUUUCAUUACACCCCCCUUUCUCUGUGCUUUGAGUGUAAUUCUGCUUAUUCAUGAAUCAUUUUGCACUAUAACUUUCCUCCUUCAUCUGACGCCCGCAGAGACUGUCUGACACUUGGCUGCAUGAAGCAAAGAUUUGUUAUAGUGGACAUGUAUUUGAACAUUUAUUCUCCUGGAUUUUUUGGACGUAGAAACUUUGUCUAGUAAUUGUCUCAAUGUUUCCUACCUGAUUGAUGCAGGAAUCAGCGUGCGGAAAGGAAAAGGACGCUACAGAGACACUCACAUAGUGACCUUUGCCCCACGCUACCUCCUGGACAACCGCUCCACCCACAAACUGGCCUUCGCUCAGAGGGAGUUUGCACGAGGAAAGGUGAGAAACGGACUGACACACAAACUGGUCAUAAGGUGUGUGUGAAUUCUGGGGUUUUUAAGAGGCACAUCUUCUCAUAACACCUCUUGUUCAUGUCCAUUUUAAUGAGCUUUAUUGUAUCCUCCUCUCUUUCUACACAGUGACUUCCCUUUGCUCAGACUGUUUGCCCAUUUCUGUUUUCAACCAUGUUGAUUUUAUUAAGUCUGGAGCGCACGAAACCAAAUGAAAUUUUACGUUUGAAAAGGGAUCAAAGGAUCAAAUUUUGGACAUGGUUCGUACACAAUUUGAAAGGAUUUCCACGGAUGUGUCUCUGUGAACGGCGCUCAAUCAAAAGGGUUUUUUGUAGCUUGAUCAAAACAGCUCCUAGACUUGUUUGAGGUUCUUGAAGAUGUUUUCACCCCCUCUGAAAGGUUUCUUUUUCAACCAGAUGAUGGAGCAGGAAACAUAAACCUCUGUGGGUCAUAAGUGUGGUAGAUGUUGGCAGGAAUGUUGGCCUAGUUUCUCCAAGUGUCAUAAUGUGUCCACAAACUCAAACACUGCACAUCGUGCAUGAUUAAAGUCUUUGAGGGUUCACUGCUCAGGAAAUAAGGUAUAGUUUGUCAUUAAGCCGAAGGGAAAGUUAUUUCAAGUUUGAACCAAAUAAAAGAAAGCAGAAUCUACCGUGCAUCAAAAAAGCUCCACAGUCCUGCAAUAUCUGAAAGACAAGAUGACCGUUCCUUGCUUCUAAUGCUCAUUCCUCCUUGCAAAGAGGUGUUUGUUGCAUGAAAACCAAUAAUUACUAAAGAUCCAUUUCUGUCUUUCAUAGUUUAUAAGAAGCUCUUUUGCUCAUAAAUCACAAAGUCAUAGAAAAAUGCAUCUUUUUUGUUGCAGGGCACGACAAACCCUGAGGGCUACAUCUCCACCCUCCCGGGCUCCAGCGUCGUCUUCCACUGGCCUCGCAACGACUAUGACCAGCUGCUGUGUGUGCGCAUGAUGGACACUAAAAACUGCACCUGGUCGGGGGGUUUCGAGGUCAACAAACCCAAAUCCUUCCAUGUCAAUAUGAGGUGAGCUACAUGUACACAAAGACGCUCUGCACAACCAAUAGAUGUGAUUUAAAACUCUAUUGAGUAACUUUCAAUUUGAGAUUAUUUUCUGGAAUGCCUUGUGGACGAGGUGGUCUUUGCUGGUCUUUUCCUGUUUGUUAGAGGUGUCAUUGAUAAAAACCUAAAUACAGAAUGCAUCUAGACCCUUAUCAGAAAUGCAAAGAGUUCCUGUAACUGUCCCAGAAACAUUCGGGGGAGCUCUUUUUGUACUUAGGUUUGAUGCAUGUGCAGAGCUGCUUUGUAGUACAUCUUGAUGGCAAACACUAGUUGAUUUAACACCAAAACCCAGGAGACAGGCAGGUAACGAAAUACAGCUUCAAUUAAAGGUGUCCCGAUACAGCUUUUUACUUCUGAUACAAUACCGAUAUUGUAGCCUUUAGUAUUAGCCGAUGUCAAUAUUGAUCUGAUAUUGGCACAAACUUGUGCAUGACAAGUUUUGACCUCAGGUGCAACAUCUUUGCAGAUGCUGCAUGUCCAUUCCAGAGCAGAGUCUGGAAUGGACUGCUUGUAUCGGAGUGUCGAUAUCGGAGGUUUUAGAUGCAGGCCGAUAUAAUCCAAUAUUUUUUUGCUGAUAUUGGACCGAUAUCUGAUAUCAGUAUUGGAUUGGGACAUCCCUAGUUUCAAGACAGCAGUUUCAAAAGAUAGCCAGAUGGCCUUAUACUGACCUUUCCUCUCCAGUAUGUUCUUUCUUACUCAUAUGUUGAUACUUUGGAUUCUUGCAUCUACAAGAGAAGCAAAGGGUGUGUCUCCUUUUUUGUAAAAAAAAACUUUAUUUCAGUUAUCGAAAAUAGCACAGGUGGAUUUACUAACAUGCAUGAAUUCUAGCAGUUGGGAGUGACAUAGAGAAGUCAGUUAAAAAAUACAGAAGAUUAAAACUGAAGGAUCAGUGCUUGUAAUCUUGGAUAAUGUUGUAAUACGUUACCCAGGGACUACUGCAGUAUCUGUUGGAUAUUGUGACCAGACCCCAGAUGCCCCAUUCCAACCGGGGAGACUUUACACUGAAGGGUUUUUGUGCAGAUAUCUAGGUUUAAGAAUUUAACGGAGCAAAUGUUUGAAGACAGGUUUUGUUUAUUUGUCAGCAUUUUGAAACUUUAAUGUUGUUUUCUUUUACAAAUGAGGUUGGGUGAUUUUUUUAAGAAGACACAUGUUCUACUUUUAAAUUUAUACAUCCAGAUCCUGUUUCAAUCCUACAACUUAAUCCCUCACUUUAUUUUCUGUAACACCGUCCAUUUUAAAGCUGAUCCCAUUUUGUUUUCAUAUUCUCAAAUCACUUCUCUCUGACUGUCGUGAUUAAAUGAAGUUUUUAAGAGGUUUAAAGUGGGUCUUGUCUUCAUUUUGUAACAGGGACACACUGGGAAACUGUUUCUUCCUGCGGACUGAGAUUACCCUGAAAGGAGCCACGUACCAGAUCUCCUUCACCGACACUGACCAGCUGCCUCCUCCUUUCCGCAUCGACAACAUCUCUGAGGUGAACCACCAUCAACCUCCCUUCUUUAGUGUGAUCUAUUUGUAUAAGGCGAGCAUAAUUACAUCAAAUAAAACUGCCUCGAAGUUCAGUCUUUAUGAACUGUGUGCCUGUGGCGGGGCGCUGAUGAAUUACUCAAAUGUCAAAAACUGGAUAAGCUCUCAGCACUCCAUUAUGACAUUAUUAACUACCAUUUUGUUUCAAAUCACGUCAGCUCUCUGUGAUUCAUCCACAUAAAAGUUCUGCAGCUGAGCAAACACUGUACCCUGUGGACCAGGUGCUGAGAAAAACAGUGCACAUAACACAGCUGCCACAGCUUCAGUGCCACUGUUAUUAUGAAACUGUGUAAGGAUGUACAGUGUAGUGUGAAUUGUUAUAACAGAGGUAGAUCUAAACAUGGUGGUAGAAUUAGGAGUGAAUGCACACUGUUUGAGUAAAUAGGUGAUUAAAUAAGUGAAAUAGGUUAAAUUAAAGGAGAAACAGCUUCUCAGAGAUUUGCAAACAAAGUCAGGAAUUUAAUUACCUUAAUUUGUGGUGAGAAACAGUCUGGCAUGCUCAUAGUUACUGAGACUUAAUGUGGAGGUUCAGGUGUAAAAUAAUAUUUAAAAAAAGCCUCCCUUUAAAUGUCAUUCUGCUUUUGCAAGGACACGUUGUUUUUCUCUAGAGGUGACAGCGCUCUGUCACACAAAACAAAGACUGAGGAGAAUAAAUUAAACAUGUCCCCUCAGGUUCCUAUCCAGGUCUGGCAGCAUGGCGUGGCUGACAUCCGUCUGCACACGGAGGUGAAGGCCGGCUCAGUGCUGGACUACGCCUGUGAUGAGCCCACGCUGCCCCCAUACCUCACACUGACUGUGAAGGGAGCUGGAUCCUCAGAGGUCACCGCUGACAUGAACUUCUUCAGAGAGUACAACAAGCUCUAUUACGAGAACUUCAUCUACAUCGCAGCCACGUACACCUUCUCACAGUAUGAAACUACUAACUCAUAUUACAUUUCUGAAUAUCAGCACCAUUUCUUAUUUAGUAAAGCUAAACUCACGAGGGUAUGCUGUGCCAUUUUUUUGUGCAGAAAUGUUGACAGAAGACCUGUCGGGAAGAAGCGCCCCGUGAGCUCUGCUGAACUUGUUCUGGACGUGGACACAAAGACUCAAAGGGUCAUCCUCAAAAAGAAGGUACUGAUACCAACUUUUGAGAACCAACAUUAUCUAAAAGUAUAUGUUCAUAAGACGGCAACAAUGUAAAAAUAAUGUUUUUCUUGUUAAGUUUGAGAUAAAACAGCCUCAUUAGAGUCAUUUCAUUAUUUGUUAGUUGAUUGUCAGUGGAGUAUAUUUUGUGUUUUUGUAGCUCUGAGCGUCUUUAUGUCUUUUCUUCGUUUCAUGUUUAUUUUUAAAUCCAUAAAAAUUAGAUAGUUUUAUUUCCUUGGGCCCUAUUUGCACAUGAUUGGUAUUACCUGUGGACCUUGAACGGUUUGUAAUGCCUGCAUCUGUGUUUUCAAUCUCAUGCAAAUGGACCGUGUUUUUAAAAGUUCAAAUACUGGUGUAGUCACCUGUCACAAUUUCUCUUACUGGACAGUUUCACUUUGUUUUAAUCCAGUCUGAAUCAAGUGUAUGCAGGUUUUCCUUCCUUUUUUAGUGUCUGGAUGUUGUAAAUUGAGUUUUGGACAGUCUCCAAGUAUAUCAUAUUUAACAACAAUGAAAAUGUACAUCUUCUGUUACUUAUGGGAUAUUAUUAUGUGGGCCAUGACAGCAAUAAUCAUGAUAAUAAAACCUACAGUGAAAUUUUCAGACAACGCUAUAAUCCCAUAUGUCUAAAAAACACACAAAAAUAUGACAUGAACAGGUCCCUCUUUUCCCUGUUGUUCAUCAAACCUGCGCUGAAAAACCAUAACGCAUCCUUGGAUAAUAUAAAUAACUAGACCUCAUUCAAAAGUUUAAAUUUAAUUAGUUGGUGUAAGAUUCGUGUGGUAUAAUGGAGGUUGAUGUAGGUCAGCGAUAUGAGUAUGGCUAUUCAAGGCUUUUUUAGAUAGGACAGCUGCAGAGACAGGAAAUAUGGGGAUUAGUGAGUGGGGGAAGACAUGCAGCAAAGGGUCAUGGUCAGGAAUUGAACCAGAGACCUCUGCGUCAGGUGGGGCACUUUGACUCCUAGGCCAGCUGCAUCACUGUCUAUCUAAAGAUUCUGUUCAAUACUUUUUCUUUAUGGCUGAAAUGUUAUUGGUCAAAUUGACCAGUAAACACAAAGCCAACUGUAAACAGAUUUUUCCAGAAGGAGCAAACACAGAUCCAGAUAAUGAAGAGAUAUUAGAUGUGUGAAGAAUAUAUCUAUACUUUAAACAGAUUAAUGGCCUUUAUAGUCCUCACAGUGUGUGUACAUUAAGGUUAUGUUGCUUGGCAGAUGCGAGUUGAACUACAUAGCCUUUUGAAGCUCUAUUAAAAGGAGCAGGCACUUUAUUUACUGUCACUAGGCAACUAAGUCACCCACACUGACUUUCCGAUGAAUAUCUUUUCCUUUUAUUACAUGGAAACUUAUAAACCUUAUUUGACAUAAGGUUAUUAUUUUUAUACAGUAUGUCCUAAAGUUUUAAUGCACAAUCUCAGUGGAACUUUACUGGAUGUGGAUGUCGUCUACUUCUUUUCAUUAAUUUCAAGCCAGCUGUACACUGAAGAGAGUAAAGCUGCUCUCAAGUAAAGGGCGAUGUCAUGCAGCAGCUCUGUGUUUUCAAUCAGACAUGUCUGUAAAUUCAAGUCAAAUACAGACUUUGCAGAUCUUGUGCAAAUGUGCCAAAGCAAAUAGAGAUGACAGGGGGUCAUCCAAAACUUACCAGGGGUCCCCACAGGAUACUAAACCAGUGUGAAUAGUGCUGUACUUUGAAACCAAAGGCUCCCCCUCACUUUAUGCAGUCUUUGAUCAGAAUGAGGACACAUAAGGUCAGAGCCUCAGGCUCCUGGAAACAGUACUUGGCAAAAUCAUCACCCUUUGGUUUUUAUUUUUAAAUAACUCCAUGUAUUAAUCAUUUAUGAGCUGUAGCCAAUAAAAAAGCACAAAGAUGAGGGCUAUAAUGACAAAUGUGAAGUAACACCAACUGUUGUUGCUGUGCAGGAGCCGGGGAAACGUUCGCAGCUGUGGAGGAUGACCGGCAGUGGCAUGCUGUGUCACGAAGGCUCCUCACCACCACAGAGCAAGCCGGCCCAGCCACGCCCACUGGACUCCUCGCUGGUUCUGGACAUUGCCGGGCUAGCAGCCGUUACUGACAACAGGUCGGUACUGUGUGCUCCUUUAGCAUGCCCAAUGAGUGAGACACCAAAAGGUCAUUUCAAGUCAAUUUUGAACACAAGGAGAUGGGUCUCACUAUUUUUUACUUACAGUUAUGAGCCGUUGAUGCUGAGGAGGCCAGACUCACGCCGCAGCACCACCCAGACGUGGUACUUCAGUUCAGACAUGCUGACAUGUGGCCUUCCCAGGCUGGUCGUACAGGUGUGUUCAUAUAGUUAUGCUGAUAAGUCUGUAAAGCUCCUGUUCUUAGCUGGUUAGAAAACAAACUGAAAUAAUACUGAUGUCUCUUUAUGACCGACCAAUCAAACGAGAGCAUCAACAGAAAAAAUAAAUACUCCUUUAUGGUUAUUUUUAUGGCUGAAACCUCAGGUUGGGAGUGUGUCAGUCUGCCAAAACAGCUUUUGGAGUUAAAACAAGAGGUCUCAUGUUGUCCACAGGGGGGCGCCAGAACCAACACAAACUGAAAGUUCCUCACAGGAGCUUUAAAUUGAUAAUGUUGUAUAUUUUCUGUCUGAUAAACAUUUGAAGUCACUGGCUUUUACUGAAUGAGUCCACAUGUCGGAGCUUUUGUCUCUGCAGAAUUUUCUAAGGUGAGAAAACUAUAAAGUGUCAUCCUGUCCAAAGUAUUUCAUCUGCUUAGAUUUUAGUUUUGAUGUAGCUGACACUACCAUAUGAUCUGUCAGUGUUUCAUCACAUUUAGGGACGUAACCAUAUCAGUAUCUCACCACGUUUAUACCUCUGUGAGUCCAGGAAACAAUAUUUAUUGUGAUAUCACUAAAAGGCAAAUUAAGAUUUGCAAAAAAAUAGGAUUUUUAAUAGCUGAUUUUAUUGCUCAGACAAAAGCAGUUAAAAAUCUCUCUCCGCUCAUCACUUUAUUUUCCCUCAGACUCAGUAAUCAUCGCAGCUCUGUCCUUGAAUUUCCAACCUGAAACUAUUUCUCCUUCUGUAUCUUAAUGUUAACGCUCCGUGUCUCUCAGGUGAAGGGUGGUGUUUCCGGUCUGUAUGACGGAGCGGAGGUAGUGCUGGGUCCAGACUCAGGGCUGAUGGAUCCUGGACCUGAGCAGCAGUUUAUCAACCAGAAGAUGAGACCAGGUUCAGGGGUGCUGUCGGUCCAGGUUCUGCCAGACGGCCCCACACGAGUCCUUCAGGUGAACAAAAACAAACAGAAAUUUCAACAACAACAACAAUUAUCCCUUAACGACCUCACUAAUUAUCAUCAUGAUUAUGCUAUUUGUUUAAUCUAGAGAAUACUUGUUCAGGUGUCUUUUUUCCCUUUAAUAGAAUAAAUGGUGAUUAAAGGAGGAGAGUUUUGAUCUUGGUUGAUCUUCAGGGUCACAUUAGCAUUAAGUUCGAUUGCACUUUUUAUCUUAAUAUAUAUUUUUGCACCUAAUUAUGCCUCUAAAUCCGAUAACAGAUCUUCUUGCCGAAUAUAAUUGAGCUCCAUUGCUCUGAUAAGAUCUGAUACAGUCAGGUUGAAAUGCAUGAUUUCUAUUUACAGGAGUUUGUUUGCUUGUUUGUUUGCAGAUCAGUGACUUUAACCAAAGGAGAAUGCUCCGCAGCUCACCCAGCUCUGAGCAGGAGAAGAGCAAGGAGGAGGUGAAGAAGACAGAGCCCGAGCAGGAGCUGGAGGUACGAGAGACUUUGAAUUCACUUUGUUGCACAUACCAAGGUGUUUCACUGACGUGUAUUGAUUCUCUUUGUGAUCUCUCGCAGGUUUUGGUGAACUUGGAGGAAGGUUUGGGUGUUUCUCUGGUCAACAAGGCACCUGAAGAGCUGGUGUUUACCACGCUGUCUGGAAUAGACGUCCACUUCACUCGCACUGCAGCCAAUGAGGUGUUAGAGCUCAGCAUUCAGAACAUCCAGGUGAGCUCAGCGUUAGGGGGGAGGUCAUCUUUUGGUCUUCAUCAUUUUUUACAUAAUUUAAACAGAGGUGGGACACUUCAUUAUGUUUGAGGUGGUAAAUAAAAGGUUGAGUAGUGUGCUGAGACAGGUGAAAUGAUGAGGUGUUAGUUGUCAUUGUGGCUUUCAUAAGAGUGAGGUGCAGAGACGAGGCCAACAGUUGAACCCUGAGGGAUUUUUCCCUGUCAGCUCUGCAUGGGUUCGAUGAUUUUUUUCGUCUGUUUACUUUUUUAGUUUGUUUGUUUGAUAAGCAGGGGAUAUGUUAAUGAUCAUUAGAAGAAAAAUUCAGCACAUAAACAUGCACAGCGUUGCAAAAAUGAUAAUUUGCAUCUGUAGUCCCAGAACAGAAACAGAAACUCUCAGAGCGAAAAUAUGCAGAAAGAAAAACAGAAGCAAAAAGAAAACAAAGGUGUGUGGAAAAAAAAAAACAUCUGAGGUUUUUGGUUGUAUCUAGUAUUUAUCUUAUGCAAGCAGCAUCAGGAAAGUCCCACCAAGACCAGCAGCAUAUCCACUAGGAUCCCAUUAAGCACAAUGUUUUUGAGCUCUGGAGAGGACUGCUGGUUUCCAGUGCAAAGACAGAAAACAAGAACUUGCUCCAAAUCCUCAGAAUCUCAUUCCUCUUUGCUUGUUUACUUAUCCAUUCAUGCCUGUGUGUAUGUUUUUUUCCACUUGUGCAUUGCAAACAUUUGCUGAAACUUGCUACAAAAAAACAGCGCUAUGCAACACUCUGAAGCUUUUGCACACCUGAGGCACGUGUAUAUUUGUUUUUAUGCUGAUGAGCAAGGCAAGGCAAGUUUAUUUAUACAGCAUCAUUCAUACAUAAAGUGCUUUGCAGAGUCAGAACAAAAGAAUAACAAAAACAGCAUAAAAAGACAAACACAAGCAAGAAAAUCUAAAAUAUAUUAAAAAACAAGAUGAUGAAAAGAAAAUACAUCAGACAAAUCAAAACCAGCUACAUGCACACAAACAAAUUUGUGCCUAAAAGUCACACAGUACAAAGUCUUACUGUCACAGAUUUAAUCAAAAUGAAUUCUGGGUAUUAAUUCACCCCAGAAUAGCUUCCCAUGGAUUCAGACUCACAGGUUGCUCCAUCUGUCUCCAGUCACAGCUCAUAAGCUGGCUCAGACUUCCAGAUGCACCCUGCAGGGGCUUCAUAUACAGCUCAACACUUGCCAAUAAUAUCCUUAAAUCUUACCUCAGUGUAAUUUUCUCCGCAUGUCUACCUGAGAUGUUGCUCUGAAGUCCCCAAACAAAGUCUCACCUGACUGAUGGAUACUGAGUCAUUUGCUGGUUUUGCCUUGAUCAAAAUGAGUUCUCCAGAAUGAACAUCCUCCCUUGGAUUCAGGCUCAAAAUUUGCUCUGCCUCUGUCAGGCACAGUCCAAAGCUGCCCCAGAAACCCCACACAGGAGGCAGCCACAGUCCAUCCAAAGUGAAAGAGUUUAGAGUGCAUGUAAAUUGUACAUCUGUAAAAGGUACUGAGAGCUGAAUAGAGUAGUUAUGUUUUUGCUUAAAUCUUUUGUUUCCUUACUUUUGCCCACAUAGGGAUUCUUUUAUGGGAUCUAUAGAUACUUAGCUCCAAACACACAGACUCCAAUUCUGGAAUAAUGUACUCAGCUUUUUCAUCCCACUGCAAAAACAGAUCUCAGCAAGCUUGUUUUUGUCUUGUGGUAAAUUUCUGCCACAUUGUGCCCCAAAAAACUCCAGUAAAUCUUUCAGACUUUUUACUCAUAACAAGCAAUUUAGGUCUAAAGUUUCAAAAUAGACAUUUUUUUCUGGGCAUGGUGGAUGAAUAGGGCUUGAAUUUAGCCUAAAAUGACAUUUUUUUAACAGAAAUCAGACAAAAACACUAAGAUUUGAGUUUUUGCAGUUGAACUGUGUCUUCACUGUAUAUCCAGCUUACAAUUUUUAUCUAAAAAACUUGUCCUUGUCCAUGUUGUUGUUCUUUUCAGGUGGAUAACCAGCUCCUGGGCACCACUCAGCCGGUGAUGUUGUGUGUGACUCCAGGCUCCAGUGACAGCAGCGUGAACGACAGCGGCCCCGCCCUGCAGGUCAACUCGGUCAAGGUCCCCAGCAGCCUCAUGCUCACAGACCUCUUCAAGGUGAGCGCCACACACUCAGUUACAACUGAUCUGUGUUACGAAUGUGUUUCAGAAAAUAUUUUCCCUUCCUGCAAAACAAUGCAGAGGACCACGAGUGUAUUGGAUGCUUGACGGCUGCAGUGUGCAACAGAUUUGACUCGUGUUGUCAAGGUGCUCAGACAGGCUGCAUGUUUGCUGCAUGUGUCUUUACUGUCAGCCUGGUCUCCCUGUAAGAUUUUCCCAAAAUGAGGUCAUAAAAACUAUCAGUAAUUUAAAGUCAUGGCUUAAUAAAAGUCAUCAGGAUUUAUUCUUUGCAGGUAAAUGGUUUAAAGGUGUAAGAGCUACCAUAAAUUUUGAUUAUACCACAUAAUAAAAUAGACGUAUUAAAUACUCUGCACUUAAAUCACAUAUAACCUACUUUUUUGCCUGAGAUCUGCAGGUGGUGUAAAGAAAAAAACGGUAGAUAAGCCUUUCCCUCUCGAGGUUCUUUUGCCAUGAGAGACAGAUGCGAGUGGCGCUGCUCAUGUCAGCAGUCUUAACAGCUUAAUCUGUUAACAUCAGGCGCUUAUGUACUGACAUUUCAAGGCGGGAUAUUUGCACCCCCAUUACACCUCAUCUGCAGUGUGCAAAGAGGCAUUACAAGGGGUGAAGUCAUUCUGCCUCUGAUCCUUCCUUGGAGAUUGAAACAGAGAUGGAAGAAGAUGUCGAUGUAUGGCAUUAGAGCCUUGUCUGUGUGCAUGUUUUAAUAAGCAGUGCCUCAUAAUGUUAAGUGCUAUCACACACCGAGACACCAAAAUCACACCUUUUCAGGGUGAUAACUUCAACUCUUUUAGAGCUGUUUUAGAGCAACAGCCAGUGAGAGGUUAUGGAAAUCCAGCUGUUCCGCAGCUGUCACACAGCCAGCACACUCCCUGUGAGGAGGCUGUGUCUGUCUGUCAUCAGCUGUGUGUUUGUUCGAAUGUGGAGCUCAAGCAAAUCACAAAAUCUGCAUCUGUUCUCACAAAGUUCUUAAAAAUCGUUUUCAGCAGGGGAGGAAGAGAAGCACUUCUGACAGCUGCUUCUAAUCUUCCUCCUGUUCAAACAUGUACUGUCUGCGUUGUUGUAAACAUUGCAGUGGAUACAGUAUUCAGUUUUCUUUAGGUUAUUUACCUAAUUUCACUUUACGGGCAUGUUUAAAACUGAGAAAUCAAUCACUCAUCAGGACCUUUCAGUCCCUCCAUUCCUGCUCCCUCUUGCAAAUCCGAACCCAGACUUUAUUAUCAUCACUGCACUAACGAUGUGUUCACAGCACCUCAUGGUGACAGCCCGACGCUUCACAGUCAUCAUCGAGGAGAAACUUCUGCUCAAGCUGCUCAGCUUCUUUGGAUACGGGCAGACAGAAGCCGGUGGGUUCUCCCUCAGAGUUUAUAUUUGUGACUUAGCUGGUGGUGUUUUUGAACAGUUUAUAAAACACUGUUUUUUAUUGUUAUGAUUGCAGAGCUUGAAAGGUUGGAUGAAAACAUCCAUGAGAGACCCAACGAGGACGCAGGACCGCCCAAACGAUACUACUUUGAAAACCUGAAGAUCAGCCUCCCUCAGGUCAAACUGAGCGUCUUCACCUCCCACAAGCUGCCACCUGAUCUCAAGGUGACCUCACAUUGGAGUAUUUUCUUUGUUAUCCUCUUUAUUUUCCAGCUGUACAGUUUUUUGAUCUAAACUUAAUAGAGACAUUUAAACUUCUUUCAGCUCCUUCUGGACGCCUUUUUGAAGACUGACUAAACUUUGAUUCACUUCAACUUUGAUCAUGAUUUUUAUAUUUUGCGUUGCAGGCUCUCAAAGGCACGCUGGGAUUUCCUCUUGUUCGCUUUGAAGACGCUGUCAUCAACAUGUACCCGUUUACUAGAGUGCACCCCUACGAAACCCAGGAGAUCAUCAUCAACGACAUCCUCAAGCACUUCAGAGAGGUGAGCAGGACAUCAAAUUUUGUUCAAAAGUGCAUCUUUGGCAUAUUUUUCCUCUGUAGAAUAACAAGCAAAUAGCAUCAAAGUGUCGAGUCAUUUCCACCAGUUACGAGCCGCCACAUGUUAAUGUUUCUAAAAUAAAUGUGCUGUAUGUUGUCAGUAGACUGUCCUCUCUGUGUCAGAUCAUCACUCUGAGGUGUUUCUUGUCUGUAGGAGCUGAUCAGCCAGGCAGCCCAGAUCCUAGGUUCUGUGGACUUCCUGGGAAACCCCAUGGGUCUUCUUAACGAUGUCUCUGAGGGUGUGUCAGAGCUCCUUAAAUACGGCAACGUGGGUGGACUCAUACGCAACGUGACCCAUGGAGUGUCCAACUCUGCAGCCAAGGUGAAACACCUAACCCUGGUGCUGUUGAACUAUGACACUAUGACACUAAAAUAUUGACGAUAACUCUAGAUUAUGUUGCAGCUUCAACAGCUCUUUUCAUCGCUAGGUUUGAAAUGUGAUGUUUUACAGUCCUUUAGAAGAGCAUGUAAGGAGUAGAAAACCGUGCAAUAUGAACAUCCAGAUGUUCUGUGUGUUUCAGUUUGCAGGGACAUUAUCGGACGGGUUGGGGAAGACCAUGGACAACCGACACCAGAAUGAGCGAGAGUACAUCAGAUACCACGGAGCCACCAGCGGAGAGCACCUGGUCGCUGGGAUUCAUGGGCUGGCUCAUGGUACGACGUAGAUACAUUUGUGUCUGGUUCAGGCAGUCUGGCAGUCUGAAGAAACUCUCAGUGCCUCCAAAACGUACAUUUGUUUGUGUAUUUAAACCCUCAUUAAGUCAUCAGCUUCAACAUAGUGGAAGUUAUUCUCCCUGAGGUCUGCGGUUGAGGUUUGUCAACACAAUAUUCUGUAACAUCUGGAGUAAUUGAGCACUUAGAACAGUAAACAGCAUUAAAAACAGUACAGACAGUAUGCAGGCUCCAGUUAAGUCUAUAAUACACUAAAAGGUAAAAACCAGAGGAGGGUAUCUCAGACUACCUCUGAUUCUCUGGUUCUGUUUAAGUGUUUUUUGUUCUGCCUAAAUUUAAUGUCUCUGCAAUUUGUCUGUCCUCAGUUUGAGUAAUUGAUAACCCCUCCUCCCUCCCUCAGGUAUUAUUGGAGGCAUGACGAGCAUCAUCACCUCCACAGUGGAGGGGGUGAAGACAGAGGGCGGGGUCAGCGGCUUCUUCUCUGGUCUGGGUAAAGGACUGGUGGGCACUGUGACCAAACCUGUGGCUGGAGCUCUGGACUUUGCAUCAGAGACGGCACAGACGGUCCGGGACAUGGCCAGUCUCAGUAACCACAGGUGGGUUCAGUAAAGUAUAUGACCAAUCAGGCUUGCAGUGUGUCGAGCUACGGCAUGAGCAUAAACCAAACGUAACACCUAUACUCUAUGGCCUCCUGGAAAAAAGGCUCCAAGCUCUUUAAAAUAUUGAGUGUUUUGGAGGAAGUUAAAGAUUUACCUUGAAAUAUUACAAAAAGAUUUAAAUUUUGUAAAAUUGAGCUUCAUGAGGCUUUUGUCUUGUUUGUAUAUCAUACACCUGCUUGUGGGGAGUUUGUUCAUCAAAGUUUCCUUCUAAAAUAUUCAAUUAUCUUCUCACACUAUGAUGCUAAUGAUGCUAUCAUGUAGAUUUGAUGGAUUUCAGCUGAACUAACAUACACUAAUAAAAGCAUUUUACUCAGGAUCUCUCAUAAGUGUUGAGAUUCAUGACCUUAAAAUCACAAGGUUAAAAAAACGAAAUGUUAUGAAUAUAACUUCUGUUCCCUGAAGGAGAGGAACGAGGUACAACACAUAUAGUAUGGGAUAUCACGCCCUCGCGUGGCCUGACUGAAGACACCUUUAUUCACGCCUUUAAGGCAGAUGAUCUGUGGUGACGUCUGGGAGGCUCCGCCUGCACAUAUAUACGUGUAACACCACAGUCAUCCUUCAGUUCGAUAGCCGCUCUUCACCGAGCCUAGCUGCGCAGUGGGGCAACCUAGUGUUGUACCUCGUUCCUCUCCUUCAGGGAACAGAAGUUAUAUUCAUAACAUUUCGUUCCCUUUCAGUCGAUUCACUCGGUACAACACAUAUAGUAUGGGACAUAUAUACACGCCCCACAGAGCAGCCACCGAACCGAAGUCAAACCUCCAAAACUUUAGUGCACUGUAGACCCAGCAGAAAGGACAGAGUGAGCCACUGAAGGGGCUGUCCCAUCCAAACAAUAAAACCGAACAAAAACUGUGCGGUGAUGAUCAACUGGCUGCAAUGCAGAUAUCACUCACAGAAACCCCUUUAAACAAGGCCUAUGAGGCUGCCAUUCCCCUGGUUGAAUGUGCCCUCACACCUUGGGGCAACGGAAGACCCCUGCUGCCGUAUGCUAAGGAGAUAGCCUCCACAAUCCAGCGGGAAAGCUGCUGUUUAGACAGUGCCCUGCCUUAGGCUGGAUUAGCAAAACAGACUAACAACUGGUAACAUAAACGCACACUCUGAGUGUGGUCUAUGUCAGUACGUAGUGCACGCACAGGGCACAAGGAAUGCAACCUCCUCUGCUCCUCAGAUGCAAAUGGAGGACGGCAGAAGCUCAGUAGUUCAAAACUCAUAGAGCUAUAGGCUGUGGGGAUAAUCUUAGGCAAAUACGCUGCAUUUGGGCGCAAUGUAACCUUAGAUCCAUCCAGAGUGAACUGGAUACAAAAGGGAUGCACAAAGCAUGAAGGUCACCCGCUCGCCAAAGCAAGUAGCAGUGCAGUUUUGUAUGAAAGAAAUUUCAUGUCUGCUGACUCAACAGUCUCAAAUGAGGUCCACCAAGAGCCCCAAGCACCAACCCUAAAUCCCAUGAGGGAACACUGGGUCUAAGCACAGGUCUCAGCCUGCGGACUCCGUUUAGGAAGUGCAUAGUAAGAGGGUGAGCGCCUGGCGACACACCAUCAAAGCCAACAUGGCAUGCAGAUACAGCUGCCAAAUAGACUUUAAUUGUUGAGAAAUAGAGACCCCUAUCCAGCCGCUCCUGAAGGAAUGUUAAAACAUCCACAAUAGAACUUUGAAAUGGGAGUACAUUUCGGUCCUGACAUGCAAUCUCUACUCUCUCACAAGACGACCCCCCUGGAGAGAAGGUCUGGCCCAAGGUUUAAGUGACCCGGAAUAUGUGUGGCUCUGAGUGACAGAAAACGAACACUGCACCAUAGCAACAGAGAGUGAGACAGUUUUGACAGGGGAAGAGAGCGUGUCCCUCCCUGUUUGUUUAUGUAGGAAACCAUGGUUUUGUUUUCCGUCCCGAUCAGAACCUGAUGGCCCGUCAGAACCGGACGAAAAUGCCUCAUAGCUAAUAGGAUAGCUAAUAGCUCCAGGUAAUUGAUGUGGAGUUUGCAUUAUGCUGGCGUCCACACACCUCUCACUGCUGCGCCCUCGCACAGAGCCCCCCGACCCCUCAGGGAUGCGUCUGUGGACACCACCUUGCGAAAAGACACACUCCCUAUCGGAGAUCCCCGUUGUAGAAAACCGGGUUCUCUCCACGGGAGAAGAGCCGACAUGCAAGACGGAGUUAUCGUCAGCCUCCUCUGGAGGUGACGCUGCGCGCACAGCCGGUGAGACUGAGUCCAGCGUUGAAACGCUCUCAUUUUUAACAGUCCGAGCGGCACUACAGCGAUCAUAGAUGCCAUCAUGCCUGUCAGCUGUAAAAUCGUCCGGAAACACAGUUUGCGUCCCAACUGAAAUUGUGAAAGGCAGCGGUGAAACGCAGCCACCCUGCGUUCUGACAGACACGCUCGGCUUGAAACGGAGCAUAUUUCCAGCCCGAGAAAUGAUACCUGUUGACUCGGAGUCAGUGAACUUUUCUGUAAAUUUACUGAAAAGCCCAGUGUUUGGAUGUGCGAUAGGGUCAAUGACAGCUGAGCCGCUGCUCGCUCUCUGGAGCUCGCGAUUAGCACCCAGUCGUCCAGAUAGGCUUAGAUGCGCACACCUUUCUCCCUUAGUGGAGCCAAUGCCGCCUCGACACAUUUGGUGAAUGUUCGGGGGCGAGUGAUAAGCCGAACGGCAGCACCAGGUAUUCGUAGGCUAUGCCCUCGAAUGCAAACCUUAGAAAGUGCCUGUGGUCCGGAUGAAUUGCUACGUGAAAGUAAGCAUCUGUCAGAUCGAUAGUUGUAAACCAAUCUCCCGGUCUGAUUUCGCCUAGUAGCUGUCUGAGUGUUGGCAUCUUGCACCUUUAAGUUCGUAGGUAUUUGUUUAACACUCGCAAGUCAAGGAUAGGACGGAGCCCUCCUCCUUUUUUCGGAACAACGAAAUAGCGGCUGUACCAACCUUUGUUCGUUUCCGAAGCGGGAACAACUCGUAUCGCUCUCUUGUUCAACAAGUUGUUUACGGUAGCCCAUGGCAACGGUUCUCUCUACCCACGGUGAGACUGCGCAUGCGCACCACCGAGGGAGACGAACAGUCAGUCGACUGACCUCCAGUACUGUGGGGGAGGGGCUGUCGCCCUCUAGCGUGCCGGCUGGGAACAGCAAUACUUUCCCGCCCAGACUUGAUUGAUUUAUGAUGUUUUGAGAACAAAACGGAACCUUUAUUUGAUUCAACGAACGUACAUUUGUGACAUUCACUCAGUGAACAACAGGCGCCAUUACUGGGGCAUGUGUGUGAGGGAGGAUUGUGCUUGGGAAAACUGUGUUAAGGGAGUGCAGCGCCUCUCGGGACCGGACCCCUGAACAAACAUUAAACGCGGCCUCUUCGCCGGCAAAAAAUGAAGGGCGGCAGCGUCUCUGCCGGUUUGUGCGGAUAACCCUGUUGUUUGGGCCUCGCAUCACGCCUGGGGAUGAUGCUGCUCAAAGCUUCGGUUUGUUUUUUCCUCAGCUCAAACUUAGCCUGAAUGUCGUCGAGGGACUGCCCAAACAAACCGCUGGCCGACACAGGCUCGUCGAGAUAAACCGCUCUGUCCCUCUCCGGAACGUCGGAGAGAGUCAGCCACAGGUGCCUCUGCGCCACCACCGUGGAAGCCAUGCCUCUACCGAGAGAGAGCGCUGCACAGCGGGACACACGGAGGAUGUAAUCUGUGGCGACCCUAGCUUCAUCGAGGAGAGGAGAAAGCGGACUGUCAGGAGGCAUACGCGAGCCGAGUUCCGCCAAACACAUAGCUUGAUAUGUCUGAAGCAUGGUGACGGAGCUCAGUGCACGAGCCGUAUUUGCCUGUGUCCUGUAAAUUUUAUCCAGCUGUGACGCUGAAAAUCUACAGUGCUUGGAUGGGAGCGUGAUGGGGCUACCGACACCAUGAUUCUGGGCCGGGGCCAGAUAAGCUGCCAGGGACGCCUCCAUAGGCGGAGGGUUCACCAAUCCAGCUUUUUCAGCUCCAUCCAGGUCCAGAAACUGUCCACAACCGGGCACUAUGGCGCGGAUGGACAGCGGCUUGUCCCAUGUCGAGGUUAGUUCCGCGACAAAAUCCGGGAACAUGGGCAAACUGUUCUUAACAGUCGUCGGUUCGGGUGGGAGAAAAAACCCCGAGAACCGCGACGGUUUUUGAGCCGGUGGAGGAGAGGGCCAUCCUACUUCCAGUUUCUCAGCUGCACGGCGGUACAGUGAGAGGAAGGAUGUGUCGUCCAGAUCAACCGGCGCAGCAGCGGCGGCAUACUGACCCGAAGACAACGGCUCCUGCUCAUCCUCUGAAAAACCUUGCACGUCCAGGCCGAUGUCCAGCACGUCAUCGUCCUCCUGGUAACAAGCUAGCCCGGAUAGCGGCUGGCCAGCGCCCUCGGUCGGGCCCGGCUCAAAUCCAGCUGACCCGUAAGCACACUCCACAUGGUCUGCCCAGUUUCCAACUGAGCCUUCGACCAGAAAGUCCUCACCACCGGACUCGGGCGAAGCCGGGUCUCUGGACUCGGAGAGGAGGGGAUCGUGCAUCGCAACAGCGGAUUUUCCUAGAAUUUUCUCCACAAACUUGACCCGCCUUCCCAGGGUUGAGCUCCGAAGCCGGUGACAGGACUCACACGACUCGGGUUCAGUCAACGCCCUCCUGGCGUGGACAAUACCCAGGCAAACGGGACAAGCCUCAUGGAGAUCCUUCUCGUGAAGGGAGAAGCCGCACCCCCGAGGACAGGGGCGAACAGAAGACUUCGCCUUCGCUUUCAUGGGCUCAGCGCUCAUAACAAGACGCAGAAGCUGAACGAAAUUAGCGCUCCGCGGGUAGCCGUAGGCUAACACCAACAGGGGCAGUUAAGCUAAAAACGAUCAGGCAAUAGCCACAGACAAGACCAGGCUAAUUUAGCAGCAGCUAGUUAGCCCGACGCGGUGUAGGUGUUCUCAGCGAGGUGAAGAGCGUAAGAACUGAAGGAUGACUGUGGUGUUACACGUAUAUAUGUGCAGGCGGAGCCUCCCAGACGUCACCACAGAUCAUCUGCCUUAAAGGCGUGAAUAAAGGUGUCUUCAGUCAGGUCACGCAGGGGCGUGAUAUCCCAUACUAUAUGUGUUGUACCGAGUGAAUCGACUGAAAGGGAACAUCUCUGCUUCGUUUCUUUGACCUUUUUUUUAUUUUAGAUUUAGCUCAUGACACGACAGCGGCUUUAAACAAAGUGUUUUGGCUCCUUUGUUUUGGUAAUUGUCUGCAAAUAAAAUUGCCGUCUCACCGAUCACUGUGAUAUAAAGGUUUAAGAUUAUUUAUAGGGACAAGCCAACCCUCAUCACACAAAAGAAGAAUCCAGAGUGUCUCCCCACAGACAGAUACGAUACGUCUCUUAUAGGCCGUCAGCAAACAAAGGAGCCGUGGUGAUUAACAUAAAAUGAGAUGGUCACAGGAGGGAAGACAGGAUGUCCCAAUUUAAGUGAUUUGUUAUUCAGAAAAACAACUCGUGACCAGAGAAUGACCCGCAGUCAGGCGGAGGACAAACACAGAAAAUGAAUAAAAUGAUCAUCCUUAUGUUUCUCUUACAGCCUGAACACGACUAUAAAAACACAAUCAGGUUUUUUUUUUUUUUCUGCUGCGAACAGUGAGGAAACAGAAACUUUACUGGGUGGAAAAAAAACAUGAAAAAGACAUUUUUCAAGUUCUCGCUCUAACAGAUUAAACUCAACCUAGAAAAGACAGCCGUCCUCUAAGAGCGGGACAAAUAUUUAAAAUGGCAUAUAAAGCACAGCAACGCUGAUUCUCUGUUAGGAAAUUCUCCUAAUGUUUAGCUGUUAAUGUUUUAACCAGAUGCUGGAAAGUAAGAUCAGAUAAAUCCAAUGCUAUGAUCUCUUUUUAUGGUUUCCUUAAGCUGUGAAAGUCCAUUUCUGCAAGAGGAAAAAGUUACUGAGACCUGAUUUGAAACAAUGAAUUGGUUUUAAUGGAACACAAACAAAGUCAUGAAAGGUUAUUAGAGGUCAGUCAGAUGAUGCAAUAAAGAGAAAGGCAGAAGAAACACAAGGUCAUAGUAACAAGAGAAAAGCAUAACAAUGAGAAAAUAUGUAAAUUUAUUGAUGCAAGAGAUCAAAAGUGAAAAUAAAAGAUCAAAAAGCUGUGAAAACGAGAUAAAUAGUGAGAAUAAAAUGUAAAAUGACAAAAAGUUGGGAUGAUAAGACAAAAAACAGAAAAGAGACCAAAGAUCAUUCCGAGACAAAAAGUUAUGUUAAUCAGAGAAAAGAUGAAAAAAGGACAAGAUAACUGUGAGAUAAAAAUACGAGUUUUCAGACAAAAUCAUGAGAUCAAAAGUCACAAUUAGUAGUCUUACUUUAGAGAAAUAAAGUUAUGGCGAUGAGAUAAUAGAGAAAACAUUUUGAGACAUUAAUUCACAUUGGUGAGGAAAAUCAGUGCAUAUGAUUGAAAAUAUGAGACAUAAAUUCAUCAUUUUUAAACCAGAAGUACACUUGACGGAUUCUAAGAUAAUGUUUGUCUCCUCUCAGACGUGUUUACCAUUUUGUGGAUACUUGCUCUUUAGUGUGUGUGAUGGCUGCAGUGUCGGUUUGGUCCAUCUACCUCCUUUGAAUCUGGUCUUAGCAUACGUACUGAGCUCUCUGGUGCGCCCCCUAUAGGUAACCUCCAGGAAGAUGAGUAGGGUAAAGAGGUAGACUCACAAUUUCACUCGAUAAUCAUAUAUUGAGGCGAGGCGACAGAGCAUGUUCGUUUCCAGCUGUAAGUGUUUGUGUUGUUUGUGUUUGUUCAGACUGAGCGUGCAGCGCGUCAGGAAGCCUCGCUGCUGUAAAGGUCCCCAGGGUCUGCUGCCUCGGUACCUCUCCACACAGGCCGACGGUCAGGAGCAGCUUUUCCAGCUGACAGACAACAUCCAAUCUGAGUUGUGAGUCUCUCUUGUUUUCACACCCUGAGCUCCUCUCACACUCUUUUUGUUCCAGACUUAAAAUAACGUGUUUCCUCCACGCCAGCUUCAUCGCCGUGGAGCCCAUCGACAGCUACUGCGUCCUCAUCUCCUCCAAAGUGGUCUACUUCCUGAAGCCCGGGGACUACGUGGACCGAGAUGCCAUCUUUCUAGAGGUUAAAUACGAUGACCUCUAUCACUGCCUGGUCUCAAAGGAUCAUGGGAAGGUUUAUGUGCAGCUCACCAAGAAAGCAGAGAGCACCAGCAGCGGGGUGGCCAUGCCUGGCCCCUCCCACCAGAAACCCAUGGUAUGAUUCUUUUCUCAUUCUCACCCACAUCCCCCUGAUGUAGGAUGUUUUUUUUUCUUUCUCCUGCUGCGGAUUUCCCUCCAUGCAGGUGGAUUUUUUUUUUCUGUGGAUUUUUAGAUUUCUGUCUCCUUCAUUUCUCCUUAAACUCGAGUAACAAAAGAGCUGAACUGAUUUAACUUUGACAUGAAUGACUUUCAGGGGGUUUAAGUCUCUCCUGAAGAAGUUAUUGUAAGGUUUGUUGCUAUGACUCUUAAAAUAAUGUGCAAGUUUUUAUCAAUUUAUCACAGAAAAACAAGCGCUGUGAAAACUCAUUCCUGAGGAACUUAGGAGCUUUUGAAACUUUAAAAACUUUCUGCUAAUAAGAAAUAUAGAAACAUUCAGAAAAAAGGGAGAAGACAAUCAGCUAUAGAAACCAUCUAGCAAUCAAAUCAUGCAGACUGAGUCACCUGACAGCACCUCUUCAUAAAAAACUGUCAUGGGGUUAGAUGUGGGGUUUGCAGGAGUUACAGCUGGUUGCUCAGCUGUCCAGCAACAUUUCCAGCUCCUUCUAAAUCACUCUGGGGCCUGAUAAGAAAUAUAAUCCCUCCAGCACCUUCAGCGUUUACCCUGAGGUGUCCUCUUACUUACACAGAAAAUGUACAGGAGUCACCAAGGAGGCAUCCUCACCACCUCAACUGACUCUUUUUGCUAUGCAGGAAUAAAAACUUGUCUUUGCAUAUGACCCUCCUGUCCACAUCUAUGAGGGUAUGUCUACAAAUGUAGUCUCUGUUCUCACCUCCCAUCCACAUGUGAAUGGAGUUGUAGAUGAGUUGUAGAUUGAAAUAGAGAAUAUAUCAAGUCUCUGCUGAAGGUGGAGUGUUUUAAUAAUUCAGGAACCUCAGGUGGCAGGGACUAACACUGAUGGAGUCACAUCUCCUGUACUGCCUGGUAUCAUGUCCAGCAGGGCUGAUCAGAUUUGACUGAUCAGUACAAAGACUCUGCUGUUUCUUCUCUUUAGUUAAAAAAAAACUCCCACUUUGCUCUAAUGCUUCUCAUAUUUUAACGAUUCCUUCAGCAUUUUGCGUGAAUGUCCUCAGAUGCAGACUCUCAGUGGAACAAAAACAUCUCCAGCUGACUUCCUCCUCGUCUCAAACCGUGCCGACAUUAUUUUUGUCACUUGACUGUAUGAAGGUUUAGUCUUUCAAGGUCUGAAUGUGAAGUUUAUAGAGAAACAAACCGACUCAUCAAAGUGAGAAGCUGCUGGAUUCACAGCUGCAGAAGUAUCAUUGAGAGACGCUGACUUAUAAACUGCAUUAUUUAGUGUUUUUACCUUCACAGCUUUCUGGUCUGUUUUAAAGGGGAGGAGAGCCCUCUGUGGCAAAUUCAGCCCCUGAAUGAUGAAAAUUGAAGUUUGUUCUUGGAAAGUUUGAGCCUGAAAUGGUGUUGCUACUGCGCUUUAUGCAGAAUAAUGCAGAUUAUGUGAAAGGUAAACUGCAGACAUUAAAUUGACAACGUGUGGGUCAACCUUGGAUCGUGAGCAGAUAUUUAUUUGAAGUUUAUGAGCUAUAAUCUAGAGGUUAGAGUGCCUUGAGAUCGCAAAACUUGGAGUUGCAAAUCUGUGAAGAAAAGAACAAAACCAAACUCAACUUUUCUGGUGUUUCCAUGGCUGCCCAGAGGUGAUGUGAUGAACAGUCAUCACACGCUCUGCCGACACACUUGAGCGUCCCUCUGCAGGUUUUAUCCCCUCUUCCUCCUCUGCAUGUCAUCUUCUUAUUCAUUCAUCACAUCAACCUUAACUGUGAGAGUCACUCGAGAAAAAACUCCAAUCACAGAAGGACAACUUCACUUUGUUGUUGUUUUCUUAUGUGUGGAAAUUGUCUCUGAAGUGCUACCAUUGUUUUUAAAUCCACCAUGAGUCUAAUUUCCCUAAUCUAUGCUGUUCUUUAGAAACUGAGACUCUCAGAUCGUUUCAGUCCUCAAGUAUUUCAUAAAAACACUUCAGCUUGGUAAUCUGCCCAUGUUGGCUUUAUAUCAGCAGUUUAAAUAGUUCCUGGGGUGUGUUAUAGGGUUGGUUGUCCCGUUAAUCAGAUAGACAGUCUUAGAUAUGUAGGUGGGAUUAAGAGCUUUUUCUCAUCUUCCUUUCUAUAUAUAUAUAUAUAUAUAUAUAUGUUUAUACAUUCCUCAGAGAGCUUGGUCCAUAUUGACAUGAUGGCAUCACACAGUUGCCGCAGAUUUGUCGGCUGCACAUCCAUGAUGCGAAUCUCCCGUUCCACCACAUCCCAAAGAUGCUCUAUUGGAUUGAGAUCUGGUGACUGUGGAGGCCAUUUGAGUACAGUGAACUCAUUGUCAUGUUCAAGAAACCAGUCUGAGAUGAUUCCAGCUUUAUGACAUGGCGCAUUAUCCUGCUGAAAGUAGCCAUCAGAAGUUGGGUACAUUGUGGUCAUAAAGGGAUGGACAUGGUCAGCAACAAUACUCAGGUAGGCUGUGGCGUUGCAACGAUGCUCAAUUGGUACCAAGGGGCCCAAAGAGUGCCAAGAAAAUAUUCCCCACACCAUGACACCACCACCACCAGCCUGAACCGUUGAUACAAGGCAGGAUGGAUCCAUGCUUUCAUGUUGUUGACGCCAAAUUCUGACCCUACCAUCCGAAUGUCGCAGCAGAAAUCGAGACUCAUCAGACCAGGCAACGUUUUUCCAAUCUUCUAUUGUCCAAUUUCGAUGAGCUUGUGCAAAUUGUAGCCUCAGUUUCCUGUUCUUAGCUGAAAGGAGUGGCACCCGGUGUGGUCUUCUGCUGCUGUAGCCCAUCUGCCUCAAAGUUCGACGUACUGUGCGUUCAGAGAUGCUCUUCUGCCUACUUUGGUUGUAACGGGUGGUUAUUUGAGUCACUGUUGCCUUUCUAUCAGCUCGAACCAGUCUGGCCAUUCUCCUCUGACCUCUGGCAUCAACAAGGCAUUUCCGCCCACAGAACUGCCGCUCACUGGAUAUUUUUUCUUUUUCGGACCAUUCUCUGUAAACCCUAGAGAUGGUUGUGCGUGAAAAUCCCAGUAGAUCAGCAGUUUCUGAAAUACUCAGACCAGCCCUUCUGGCACCAACAACCAUGCCACGUUCAAAGUCACUCAAAUCACCUUUCUUCCCCAUACUGAUGCUCGGUUUGAACUGCAGGAGAUUGUCUUGACCAUGUCUACAUGCCUAAAUGCACUAAGUUGCCGCCAUGUGAUUGGCUGAUUAGAAAUUAAGUGUUAACAAGCAGUUGGACAGGUGUACCUAAUAAAGUGGCCGGUGAGUGUAUAUGUAAAUAUAUAUGUAUGUAUAUAUAUAUACUGUGUAUAUAUUUAUAUAUAUAUACACACACACACAGUAUAUACAGAUGUAUACAUGUGUAUACAUGUGUAUAUCUGUAACUUUAUGCAUCAGAACAUGUAGAUGAUGUCUGGCAGAUGAGUUUUGCUUCAGUUUUUUAUUGCUGUUGUUUCUCACCUGUUUUUUCUUUUUUUUUGUAAUAUUGAGGAUCAUAAACUUUUAGUACUUCUGAAUUUCCCCUCAGAGGUUCAUUAAGGUCUCUGUCUGUAUAUCCUUUUAUCACACUGAGGGAAAAGGAGCUGUGUAGUUUGGGUUUUCCUGCGGUCAAUGUCUGAAAAAUGUGAGACUCCUGAAGACAAACAAAAGGCACAAACUGUCGGAGCUUUGUAUUAAAAGAGCCAUUUGGAUCUGAUCUGAAACAUAACAAAACAAACCUAUAAAAACAUGAUAUCUCUUGGGACCUUAUGAUACUUAAAAAGAUGAUUGGAGGUGUCAGACUUCCACAGUCAGGAGUGAAAAUAGCUUUGUGGUCCUUAUAACUCAAAGACACCCUGUAGCUUUUGCACCUGCUGAACUCAUGCACUCAGACUAAAAAACUACUAAAGCAUACUCAAAGGGUUAAUACACCACAAACUGUGCUGCAGAGCAAAUAUUAAUAAUUAAAAUAGCAUCUGUGCUCUGUUGCUAUUUGCAUGACCAGAGCAGCUGCAAUAUGAAUUCAUGUUGAGCACAAUUGACCCAUUCUGUGCCCAUGAUCGUCUCUGCAAAAAAACUCACCUAAUUCACAAACACCUGUGCUAAAAAGAAGGCCAUGUUAUACUGGACUGAGUCUAUAAGUAUUUCUUUGACAUUACUGCUCCUGUGGACUGUCAAAUGCUCAGUCCACAGUUGUGGAAUUGGUCUGGUUGUGUUUUUAGUGAGUUUGAAUGCUUGGCUCUCAGGUGAACUGCUCAAUAUAUCAUGAUAUGGAUUUGAGACAAUAUCGCCCAGCCCUUGAGUCAACGAUACAAUGCACUAGUAAAAAGUGUCCCCUUCAUUUUCAUCCUGUCAUCUGUAUGUUCAGUCACCUGGAUGAGAGUACAGCAGAGCGUGGAGAUGCAGAAGGCUCCUUUCCACAUUCAGAUACAAAACAAGAGCAAACUGCUCAGAGCUGCAGGACUAGAUGUUUGUGAAUGAAUAUAAGAAAAAGAAUAGAUGAGAGUAAAUUAUGUGCAAUUUAGGUCCUAUUAGCAGCUGUUUGUGGUGAAUUCCCUCCAGAGGAUAUCGAUGCAAUUUUCAACCUAGAUUUAUCAGACAUUAAAUCCUCGAACAAAGACCAGUAUUCCCCUUUAAUGACCAGGAAUCACAAGCUGCAUGAAUGAAUAAACACACAGUGAGCAGUUUUAUUGUUUUUGUCCUCAAGUUGAUUCUUUAUCAAUCCUCUCUGCAGGUCCACGUGAAGAGCGAGAGUCUCGCCAUCAAAAUCUCUCAAGAAAUCAACUACGCCAAGAGUCUGUACUACGAGCAGCAGCUGAUGCUCCCCGCCAGCGAGAACGAAGACUGCUUACUACUGGAGUCCUGAUCAUGUGACUUCAGUUUUUUUCUACUGAGGAAACUUUUGGUAAACUGACAGGGAGGAGGGGACUUUUAUUCAUCUUUUGUAGACCUCUGUAUUUUAAAGCGUUUGACAAAUGCAGUAAAGGGAAAAGUCAAACACCUGUGCACUCGACGCAGUGGUCACAUGGUGUUUGACAAGCACACACAAGUAAAACAUAUGCAAGGCAGUGUGAGUGUGACUGGUGUGUAUGUAGAAAACACUCUGAUCCUCUGUGUUUAUACGACCUCCUAUCAUUCAGCUGUUCAUUAUUCUUCAUGUGAAUAGACAGAGAUGUAAAUAGAGCUGCUUCCCAGUGUAAAACCUCCUGUGUAUAUACUGUAUUAAUGACAAAUGAAGUCUGGUCAGAACUACAGAAGCUGAUAUAAUGUGAAAUGUAACAAACUGCCUUUAAAACUCUAUUUUGUGUAUACAAGUUCGAUUGGGAGGGGUGGGGGUUAAAUUGCACUGACAUUGGGAGGGGGGAGGGACCCUUACCACCCCUGUGCCCUGCACACCCACACACAUGCACACACACUGGAGCUGCCUGUCACUGUCUCUGCCUUUUACAAUCACAGACCUCCAUGUCUGACGUCUCUACUUUUAUUUAACAACCUUUUUUAACAAGCCCGGUGUUCUGUCUGCCCUGAGCUCUCGUCUGAAGGAACCUGCGUGGACACCCCACGGGAGAGCUAUGUGUUGACUGUCAGAUUUGGUUUUUGGUUUGGUGUCAGAUGAGAUUUGAGUUUGAUUUGUGUGUCAGAAAAGAGAAGAGGAGUGGAGUCUAGAACAGGCCGGACAGAGAGAGUGGACUCGAUCUGUGAUCCUGUAAAAUAAUGUUCACAUGGACUGUGCUUCCAAUAAAGCAACACAACUGCAGCACUCACUGAGU